CUUUCCUCACGGGCGGGCGGGCGGCCUUCACCCUCAGCCGAGCGCGGGGUCGGUGGGCCGGCCGGCUUGUCUCCUCCUCCUCCUCCUCCUCGCUCCCCACCUCCUGAGGAGGCGGCCUCAGCCGCCGCCGCCGUCGUCGUGAGGGGCGGAAGGAGCCUCCGCAGCGAGCACGGACGAGCGUGCGCGCGCUCCGCCCGUCCCUCCCCCUCUCCCUCCUUUCGCCUGCCUCCCUCGGCUCAGCCAUGUCCCUCAAGCCAUCGCCUCAGCCUUCGCCCGCCGCCGCCGCCGUAACAGCAGCAGCCGUGGGAGCGCCGCCGCCACCGCCGCCGCCUCUGCAGCCGCCGUCCCCGCAGCCGCCUCAGCAGCAGACGACGGCCACCACGACGACGACGACCGCGACGACGAGCCAGCCGGCGGCGCCGCCGCUGCCGCUGCCGCCACCGCCCCAGGGGCCGGCCCAGUCGGCCGGCAGCAGCAGCAGUAGCAGCAGCCGCAAGCCCCUCGGUAGCGGAGGUGGGAAUAGCAGCGGCGGAGCAGGCCCCGGCCCCAGCGGGAUCCCGGCUGGAGGAAGCGUCGGAGGCAGGCAGAAUCUGGGCAGGUGAGUCGAGGGGCGAGAGGGACCGGGGCGGGGGUCGUCUCCCCCUGCGCCAGGCCUAGCGGCUUUGACGGGCGGGCCUCGCCUGCUUCCCUGCCGGGCUCUUCCGCGCUGCCCUCCGCGGCUACCUGGGCGCUGCAGGGUGGGGAAUAGGGUGGCCAGGCCCGGUCGCGGCGGGUGGAAGGCCUCGGGUGGCAAGGCGCCUGACGGGACCAACCCGGUCCCGGGUAAUAUUUAGUUUUGGGUGUGUGUGUGGGGGGGUCCUCCGCUUUAGGCCUCUCUCCCCCCACCCCCAAUAGAUUCGGCGCCGGGCCUCGUGCAUAAAUGCCCGCACAUGAGCCCCUAAUUAACAGCGAUCGUAAUAAGGAGCGCUUUCCUCGGAGGCGCCGGGAGGACGUGUGGUGGUUGGAUGCGGCCGGCCGGCCGGCCUCGGAAGGGCUGCGAUCCUGCGGCCGCUCGCUUUGGGGAGGGAAGCGGGACGCAGGCUUGCUUGGGAGUAAGAAAAGGGGAAAGGGAAAGGGGUCACGCGGUGGGAUUCCUCUGCCGGGCGCUUUGCUGGCUGGUUUCUCCUUGAGGAGGGCAGAGGAGUGGGGCGGACCCCGUAUCAGCCACGGGGGCAAAUGCUGUGCAAAUAUUUGGUAAGGAGGAAUAUUGCCGCCUUUUGUGUGGGUCUGUGCGCCGCGGAGAGGCCUAUCUAGAUGGUUGUGAUUGCGGCGUUGAUACCAUUCUGAUUAACCUGCCUUCUUCCCGUAAAAGGACCCAAGGCAAAUAAAUGUUAUGACUGAUGAUUUGGGGGGAGAGGGGCCGGGGCUGCGGAGAGACUAGGUGAAAUGUAAAGGGGCCGCGUUGCCUUGAAAUAAAGAGAAGAUUUCCCCUUCCCACCGCUGGUCGUUGUAGAAAUAAUGGCUAAAGAGUGUCUCUUUUCCUCCCAAGUUCUCUAUAAAAAAACUGCAUAAUUGCAUAACAGGGUUUGAGGGGGCAUGCGAAGGGUGGCAUUGUUUGAAGGGAGCACUUGUCAUAGGGGAGGGGGCAAUGGAGGUUGCCCGCUUUGGAGGUGGGGGGGGGGAAUGGGAAGGUUUAGGUGAGUGGCAUCACUUUCCCUUGCAUUGUAUUGAGGGGGAGGUGUUACCUGGAAUCUUAAGAAUGGGGAGGGGGGGUACGUAAUCAUUCAGUGGCUGACUUUGACCUGGAAGAAAUUGUAUUUUAGGAGUGGGAGGAGAAAAAGGGAUUCCAUGUUCCGCAUCCCCUCAGGAAAGGAAAUGGGGGACCUCCCCCUCCCCACUUCAGCUGGCCCAAUGUUGUGUGUGUGAUGGGAGUUACCAGGCGCAGCAACUGGCAUUGCCCUGGGAAGGGGGGGGCAUAAUGCCUUUCGUGUUGGGUGACAGGGGCAGGAAAGGCAGCUUGGCCUCCAUGUUGGGCAGAGGCUUGAGGAGAGAGAAUACCGCAUCAUACUAUUUUGGAGAGGGGGGUGAAGGAGGAGAAGCAAGCUGGGAUAGAUCUUCUGCUCACACUGCCAUGGGGAGGCAGAAGGCAUUUCCAAGCCUUGGGCAUUGCUGUGGGGGGUGAGGUGGAGAAUAGGGAAGGACAACCCUGGUGGGACCCCUCCUGAUUUUGCGGGAAAGCAUUUUUUGGCAAAGGGAGGGAGGGAGCAAGAAUUGCCGGGGAAGGCAUGAAUACACAGGCGCUGCAACCAGCGAGCUGUGACGGUAGAAGGCCUCUCCUCCCCUCCCCAAGGCCGAGGCUGCAGCAAAGGCUGGCCGGGCCUGGAAAGGACGUUGGUGCUGUCGUAAGUGUCACUCCAGGGUCUAGGCCUUUGGAGUUGAUCGUGCCCUUGUGUAUGUGUAAGAGGGGAGAUGAUUAGCAGACAUGUGUGUGUUGGGGUGCCUGCCCUUCAAGACUUGCAGGCAGGAAACUCAGCCUGGGCAGAGGGCACCUGGCUUGCUGCGAGGCAGGCCCCUGCCAGCCGGCCUUACCCGUUACUGCAGCCUUGAGUGCAGAGAGUGACCAUUUUAUAUCGCAGUUGAGGUUCUCCCCCAGCUCCACGCCCCAAAUGAUUCUGCCAAGCCUCAUUGCCCAAACCAGGGGGUCCUUCCCUUUAAAACAGGCCUCUUGGAAAGGGAAGAGAAAGGUGAUUCAGGAAUGUGUGGGACUAGAUUUCCCCUCCAGCUGCGAUAAGAAGUAUUUUUCUGUUAUGAUUUUCAAUACCAUUGCUAAUCUGUUCAGAGCAGCAGAGUUUUUAUACAAACUGAUCCAAAACACUGAUGAUUCUUACAGUAUUAAAAUUAUGCAAUAUAAGGUGUAUAGACGGUAAUGUGCAUUUGUCAUAUUGAAUUGUGUGCCUGCAGGAAGCAAUAUAACUUCGGGCUAAGCAACUUGCUGUGUUGUCUGUGGAACAAUGUAUAAACAGAAUUUGUGUUGCCAAGAUGUGUUUAAUACCCUUAAAAGUACUGGCUUCCUCACUUCUUUUUGCAUGUUUUAUUUACCCAACUACAACUAUCUGAUAUCAAAAGAACAGUCACUUAGAAGAAAGACCAACAGAAGUCGCUCAGACUUGCUUCCAAGUAAAGGUCCUGAGAGUUCUAAUCAGUGGGUUAUUUAUUUAUUUAUUAAAUUUCUUUAUCACCCUUAACCCACAGGUCUCAGGGUGGUUUGCAAUAUAAAAAAGACAAAAUACAUGAUAACAACAAGAAUGUAGAUCAAACCAACAAACCAAUAACGCCCUUCCCCCUCUUUCUAUCCUCUUGCAAUUUGGACAUUUCUUUGAAAACUUGCUUCUAUAUUCAUGAAAGCCAGAGCCUUCAGUUGUGCAGAAGUACAUCAGAUACUUAGAUCAAUAGCAAGAAGGCUGAACUGUGAACCAGGAAGUCCCCAGUUCAAAUGUUGCUUCUGAUGGCCUUUGGCGAACUUCUUUCUCUUUCUCUCACUCCACCCUGUCAGUAAUAGGAGGAUAAUAAUAUUGGUUGUAAGUAUUCCCGAGAUAUUGACAAGUACUUUAGAGAGUUCAAAGUACUUUAGAGAGUUCAUGUUUUAGAUCAGGGGCAUGAGGGGUGUCUGUUAUCCAGGACUGCAUUUUGCCACACAAACUUUUUGCAGACUAUAUAAACCUGAUAUAACCAGCAUAUCAGCAUAUCUUGUACAGCUGGUGCAUAACAUACAAAACUCACAGAGAUGUAGCAUUGAAAUGUACAGUGCCUCCAUUUCUCUUUUCUGUAUGAGUGAAAAAUUACUACACAUAGUGGAUAUCAAUAGUGCAAUCCUCCAGAACGUACUCUACUUAUUAGAUGGGAGACUUGGGGGGGGAAAUAAAUAGGAAUAUUCUUGGAAAGGGCAUAAGGCAGGACCUGUUUCAUGUUGUCACCCACCAGUGCUUGAAAUCCCCUCAGCACAUUUUGCGACUGGUGUGGGUCCAGUUGUGAGGACGUGGAGAUCUCUAGAUACCAGGUUGGUGACUGACAUCUCCAUUUGGCUGACCCUCCAGAUUUCUUAAGCAGGUAAGCCCAAGAGCUUCUUCAUUGCAUUUAUAUCCCACCCUUUUCUCCAAGGAGUACAUGGUUCCCCCCCCUCCUCAGUUAAUCCCUACAGUGACCCUUUGAGGUAGGUUCAGAGGCUGUGACUGGCCCAAGGUCACCCAGUGAGCUUUAUGAUUGAGUGGGGAUUUGAACCCUGAUUUCGCAGGUACUAGUCUAACACUCUAACCACAUCACCACACUGGCUUCCUGGAGUAUUUCUUCUAUGGGGCAAAUAUAUAGAUUAAGUAGGUACAUAAAUAUGGGGAAAGCAAAAUGUAACUUAGGGAAGGAUCUGAAAUAUUUUGAAUUAUGUUUUAUUCUAGAUUGCUUUAUUUGAAGUUUUACUGUGUUGUAAACCUCUUUGAGAUUUUUUCUUUCAAAAUAUAAAGCAGUAUAAAAGAGAAAUGAAUAAUAACAACAACAAAAUUUCAUUAAAAUGUGCCUACACAUUCUGUUGUGGUGAGUAUAGGCCAGUUUUAAGGUGCCAUUUGGCUAUUAGCUUACAUAUCUGAGUUUCUAACACUGGUCACCCCUUUUGAAAUGUGAUAUGUGUGUGUAUAGCUAUUAAUUCUAAUAUUAAGUGAGAUUUCAACAGAAAUAGCUUAUUUUUCUUUCAGUUCUACUUACCUCUUCAGUGUGCUGAAAUUAUUUUUAAUAAUUUGAAUUUUCAGUGGUUGUGAUCUGUCUCAGGAUAAUGCUUUUAUGUGGAAAAGCAAAAUCUACAGAUUGAAAGAGUUGUUUAUGAGUCAGUUGGAAAUGUUGCAUGUACAGAGGAUUAAAGCACCUGUUUAGAAUCUAAUUUGGGUUUCUAAAAUGGGCUUGUGUUCUUGUACCUCUGUGUGGAGACCUUACUGGAUGCUGAUAAUUCUGGCAUGCCCCUAUUCUGAUACUAUGUUUCUUUUAAAUAUGUAGAGCAUUUGAGAAUAGUGACUACUGGUCUUAAGUUCUUGAAUGCCUUUUAUUACUCUUUAUGCUACAAUACUAGUUUAUUGUACAAUAGAAUCCUGCUGAAGUGAAAUGUCCUGCUGCUGUCUGUUUUGAAGUUGUUUUUUGCAUUCAAAAUGUGAAUGAAUAUUCCAUUUUUAUCCAGUGGAGAUAAAUUCUGAAGGAAAUAGGUAUGUACAUCUGCUUUUUUGGCAGAGAACAGGAAUGCCUGCUGUGUUCAACCAAAAAGGUUGAACACAGCCAAAAAGGAGAAAAUAUUGUAGAGGAUUAGAGGUUUUCCUGGUAUCAGUAUUAAUCAUUUUGGAUAUUAGCAGACGGACCCUGAGAACUGCUAUAGACACACCCAAGCAUUUGUUUGUGACUGUUGCUGUUGCUGCUGUUGUUGUUAUAUUAAAUUUCUAUUAAUGCCCUUCCUUCGAGGAUCACAGGCUGGUUUACAAUAUAAAAACACAGUAAUACAUAACACAGUUACAAACACAAAAAAUACCAAACCCCCUCAGUUUAAAAGGUCGUAUAUUCUUUAAUUAGCCAAAAGCCUGGGGCGAGAGGGAUGCAUUUGCCUGACACCUAAAUAUAUGUAAUAAAGGUGUCAGGUGAACCUCCCUGGGGAGAGCAGUCCACGAGUGAGGAACCACCGCAGAAAAUUGCCCUCCAGACCCCUCAUGGAGGAGGCGCAUGAAGAAGGGCCUCAGAUGAUGAUCACAGGCUCCGUGACAGUUCAUGUGGGGAGAGGCAGUCCUUGAGGUAUUGUAGUCCUGAGCCAUUUAAGGCUUUAUAGGUCAAAACUAGCACUUCGAAUUGGGCCAGGAAACUAAUUGUCAGCCAGGGUAGUUGGGCCAGGAUUGGAAUUACCGUAUUUUUCGCUCUAUAAGAUGCACCAGACCACAAGACGCACCUAGUUUUUGGAGGAGGAAAACAAGAAAAAAAAUAUUCUGAAUCUCAGAAGCCAGAACAGCAAGAGGAAUUGCUGUGCAGUGAAAGCAGCAAUCCAUCUUGCUGUUCUGGCUUCUGGGAUAGCUGCGCAGCCUGCAUUCGCUCCAUAAGACGCACACACAUUUCCCCUUACUUUUUAGGAGGGAAAAAGUGAGUCUUAUAGAGCAAAAAAUACGGUAUAUACUCUAGCCGUCAAACCAUAGCUCUUUCCCUGUCCCUGGUUAUGCAGCAAGUCCUCGCACUGUUUCACAAACUGCUUUUGAACGGCCACCGCCAAUCAGUUGCAAAAGAGGUUGGACAUAAGUACAUUGGGUAUGUGGAUGUCAAUAAACUAUGGUUUACCAAGACUGAGCAGCAUGCUAGUGCAUACUGCUUCAUCAUUCCUGCUCGACUUCUCUCCUUAGGCUGGUGGGGGACAACAAACCAUGAGCCUUGGUUUGUUGCCAUAUCAGAACUAGGAACAUGGUUUAUCUCUGACAAAUCACAAUCAGCAACAAACUAUAGGAGUAUAGGAAGCUGUCUUAAAUGAAGUCAAAUGAUUGGUCCAUCUAGCUCAGUAUUGGCCACAGCUCUCUCGAGAUUUCAGACACAGGGUCUUUCCCAAACCUACCUUUGGCAAGCAGAGCAUAUGGUCUUGCAGUGGUGUCCAAACUUUUUUCAAAGAGCACCAGAUUUGAUGAAGUGAAGGGCCAUGAGGGCCGACCAAAGUUGUUAACCUUUUUUUAGGAUUGAAGUUGUUGAGUUUUGUGGUUUUACCCCAAAGUUGUUGAGCUUUUUAAGGGUUGAAGUUGCUGAGGGUUUUUUUAGGAUUUUACCCCAGGAAAUAAACUACCACAGGGGCCGGAUUAAACUGACCGGUGGGCUGGAUUAGGCCCCCGAUAUGGACUUUGGACAUGUCUGGUCUAAGGUCAUUCUGAAAUACAUAGACCUUGUUCACAAAUAAAAAAAAGAGACGGUCAAUGGCUUAUUUGGACCAAGCAGCAUUCUAGUGUUCACUGCCCAAUUGCUCCCACUUUGCUGCUUCCCCCUUAUGUGCGUAGGAACAAUAUACAAUAUACGGGUUAAGUACUUAAUUUGUUCUGGAGGUCUGUUCUUAACCUGAAACUGUUCUUAACCUGAAGCACCACUUUAGCUAAUGGGGCCUCCUGCUGCCGCUGCGCCACCGGAGCAUGAUUUCUGUUCUCAUCCCGAAGCAACGUUCUUAACCUGAAGCACUAUUUCUGGGUUAGCAGAGUCUGUAACCUGAAGCGUAUGUAACCUGAAGUGUAUGUAACCCGAGGUACCACUGUACCAUGAAGCUUGGUGUCUAUUGGUUCUUUAAUAGCCUUUAUGAAUUUUUAAUACACCAACCUAAAGUUGUGUUUGGUUUGAAAUUCUAAGAGCCCAGCCCAGGGGUGGGAGGAGUAGUCCAGUUACCUGGAAUUGCCCCAUCCUUUCAAAUAUCAUUUGCAUAAAUGUAUUUGCUUUCUCUCUGGAUCCAUAACCUUCAUGAGGGUAUAUUGUGUCUUUUGGAUUGAGGCUGUUUGCUUGACUGAGCUGUUUAGAGGCUUGAUUGUGCAUUUGUGAGUGUGGCCAUGUGGUGUGCUAGAGGAAGUGAUUUGGGGGGAGGUGUUAGCAGUCAGCAGCAGUUCCAGAAUCAUAGGCUUGGAAGGUACCCUCAUGGAUAAUCUAGGGCUAGGCCAACCCCCCUGCAAUGCAGGAAGCACAGUCAAAUUGAACAAUACAUGUAAACAGGAGUGUUUAGCAGGGGAGUUUGAGCUGGAGGCCCAGAGUGCUGUCUUACGGUGUUUGUAGGACCAAGAGAUAUGGAAGCAAAGGAGCUGCUGCAGGGACCUGUAACACCUGUGCCGUGUUUGUUUCCUGCUUGAGAAAGUGCAAAACUACACCUGCAGCACAGUGAUCGAAAUUAACUGGUUGCCAGUCGUUUUCUUUUGAGACUCAGCACCAGCUACCUAGUUAACAAAUUCUCAUGAAGACUUUUGAUGUGCUAAGCAAACUGUGAAGAAGCUCUUUCACACAUUUAAAUGGAUUGCUUUUCUCUUGUGGUUGCAAACAAAUGGAUUGCAGGACAUGGGGCAGCAGGGGAGAGCUAGCUGUUUUGCUUCUGAUCACACAGAAGAUAGUCACUUUGGAGAAACAGAACUGCUGUGUGGGAAACACUCUUUAAAGUUGACCAUAUUCUAUAAAAUAGAUUUUUUUUUAGAAACAGAAGAAAGCUGGAGUGGAAUUGUAUGAUCUUUUAAGUGCAAGGGAUGCCAGUAUGACCUAUCAACAUUUUAUAAUUCAAAGCACAAGUGUUCAUGAGCCAACAGUGUGACGCGGCAGCUAAAAAAGCCAAUGCAAUUCUGGGCUGCAUCAAUAGGAGUAUAGCAUCUAGAUCAAGGGAAGUAAUAGUGCCACUAUAUUCUGCUCUGGUCAGACCUCACCUGGAGUACUGUGUCCAGUUCUGGGCACCACAGUUCAAGAAGGACACUGACAAACUGGAACGUGUCCAGAGGAGGGCAACCAAAAUGGUCAAAGGCCUGGAAAUGAUGCCUUAUGAGGAACGGCUAAGGGAGCUGGGCAUGUUUAGCCUGGAGAAGAGGAGGUUAAGGGGUGAUAUGAUAGCCAUGUUCAAAUAUAUCAAAGGAUGUCACAUAGAGGAGGGAGAAAGGUUGUUUUCUGCUGCUCCAGAGAAGCGGACACGGAGCAAUGGAUCCAAACUACAAGAAAGAAGAUUCCACCUAAACAUUAGGAAGAACUUCCUGACAGUAAGAGCUGUUUGACAGUGGAAUUUGCUGCCAAGGAGUGUGGUGGAAUCUCCUUCUUGGGAGGUCUUUAAGCAGAGGCUUGACAACCAUAUGUCAGGAGUGCUCUGAUGGUGUUUCCUGCUUGGCAGGGGGUUGGACUCGAUGGCCCUUGUGGUCUCUUCCAACUCUAUGAUUCUAUGAUUCUAUGUUCGAAAUUAACCCGGCGCAUUUUGCACCUGACUGUUGGCCACUUGAGACCAAGUGAAGAUGCCUGGGCCACCCCUAAUACCUCCACCAUCUGGAGGUGUAUGCCUGGGGAUCAUUAGACCUUGACUGUUUUCACACACGAAUACCUCAUCCUGUAGAAUUCUAUCAAUUAUAUUUAAUCUGCGCAAUCGGAAUGAAUUUCUGGAACCAAAAUGCUUUUUCUGUGCAGCCUGAGCAGGAGCAGUGAACAACAUUAUAAUUGUUGUAGCUUGUUUUCACUUACCCUACCCCCACUGCUGCCUCAUGGAAGAUAGAGCAAGCUUGUUUUCUCCUGCUCUGGAGGUUAGGACCCAAACCCAUGGAUUCAAGUUACUAGAAAGGAGUGUCCAACUCAACAUCAGGAAGGACUUUCUGAGCUGUUUGACAGUGGAGCAGACUCCCUCGGAACGUGGUGGUCUCUCCUUCAUUCAUUAAGCAGAGGUUGGAUGGCCAUCUGUCUUGGAUUCUUUAGUUGAGAUUCUAGCAUUGCAGGGGGUUACGCUAGAUGAUGCUUUGAGUCUCUUCCAACUCCACAAUUCUGUGAUUAUCCUAUAUAUUUGAAAUCAAAGAUGGAGUUGGUGUUUCUCUUCUUGCAAUCAUUAACUAAGCUUGAUAUCUUUGCCCUGCUCUUUUGGAAAGUCAGGGAAAUGUGCUCUUUCUAACUGUUUCUGAAAUGAUGAAGUGACCUUGAGAAUCUCUUCCUGCCCCAGCCAGUUGCUAAUAGUAUCUUUACAGCAACGUCUUCAGACUGAUACUGUACAUGUGGAGUACAAAUGAGCUAUUGCCUGCAAGGUGGUAGAAUCCCCCCACCCCACUGCCCCAGUAAGGGGCAUGGGAAGCCAGUGAGUUCGUUCUGAGUAGUGUGGAAAGUGCAACUGUUUAUUAUUUUUGUACAGUGGUACUUCUGGUUAAGAACUUAAUUCGUUCUGGAGGUCUGUUCUUAACCCGAAACUGUUCUUAACCUGCGGCAGCAGCAGGAGGCCCCAUUAGCUAAAGUGGUGCUUCAGUUUUCACUCUAUAAGACGCACCAGUCCACAAGACGCACCUAGUUUUUGGGGGAGGAAAACAAGGGGGGGAAAUUCUGAAUCUCAGAAGCCAGAACAGCAAGAGGGAUCACUGCACAGUGAAAGCAGCAAUCCCUCUUACUGUUCUGGCUUCUGUGAUAGCUGCACAGCCUGCAUUCGCUCCAUAAGACGCACACACAUUUCCCCUUACUUUUUAGGAGAGAAAAAGUGAGUCUUAUAGAGCAAAAAAUACGGUAAGUUCUUAACCCGAGGUACCACUGUACAGAAACAAUUGUGUUAAUGUAAUAUAAAAGACUGCUUAACUCUAGAAGAAUACUUAACUGAAAACAUAACCAAAAAAAGAUUGCAGAAGGGUAGUCAUGUUUUUACUAAAAGAAAUCAUUAAGGAACUUGUGGCAUCUUAAAAGACUUAGGGAUUUACCAAAGCAUACAUUUUUGUAGAUGGGAUUUCAUUUCAUUAUAUGCAUGAAGUUUAUCUUCAGUUGAAAUGUAAAUAUACAUAUGGGCGGCAGUGGUAAACAUUGAGGGGAAAUGUCAUGAACUGCAAAAAAUGCAGUCUGUGACAAUUCACUUGUACUUUAAAUAUAUACAAAAUAAACAGAGUUGACCACAGCAGCAGUAAUGAGUGAUAACGUAAUCACCAAACAAACAAAAACCUGGGACCUUUGCAUUUAUUUAUUUAUUUAUUUAUUUAUUUAUAGGAGGGAAAUUGCAUUCUGCUUUUUACAGCAGAAACACAAACAGAUUACAAAAACUUAAUAAAAUACAUGACAAUAAAAGCAGUUCAUAUCAAGGUAAAAACAUAUCAAGAAAGUUAAAAUACUUUUCAUACAAUAAAAACAGGAUGUAAACAGAAUUCAAGCUUUAAGAAGCUCACCUGAAACCAAUCAAAACCUCUCUAGGAAAGAAGUUCUGCAACUACUGCAGAAAACACCCCCUUGUUGUGCCCCAGCUAAUUGUGCUUCUGAAAGUGAUGAGAUGCAUUGCAGGGUCACUGAUGCUUAAUGCAGAGUUGUGUGGCAGGAGGUACUCCACCAGAACUCCUUGACAGUAUGGAGCUUCAUAGGUGAGUAAUGAUUGAUAACAGCUAUAGCAAUCCUUGAUCAUUAGUGUUUCCCAAGUGUCUUUGUAGUCUUAUUUAGGAAGUGAUACCCCUUUUUAAAAAGGACCCACGUCAGGCCAGCAAACUGCUUUGUUGCAAAAUACACUUUAAGACUUCCGGGGUGGCGCCAUCGGUAAUGGCGGACUCCCUCUGAUCCGGAGGGACUAGCUCCGCGGAAAACGGGUCUUCCCGCUACGGCAAAGCGGGGACCCUUUGAAAAAUCACAGGCGGAUGAAGCCUGUGACCAUGGGACUCGGCGGGCACCUUUCGCGUGCCCCCAGCUCGUAAAGGAACCCAGUUACGGGCUCUGGAGCGAAGAGGGGGAAGUGGCGCGGUGCUGAGAGUCAACUGCUUCUUCCGUGGAGCGAAGCCGCACAGCCGUUGCCGGAGAGCGCUGCCUUUUUCCUGAGACAAUUUGGCUUUUAAAACAAUUACCCGUGAGUAGCUUAAUUUCGGACAAUUGGACUUUAAAUAAUGACCUGCGAGUAGAAAGGAAAAUUGGACUAAGAAAUUCUUCUCAAUUUGGCACUGAAACGGGAAGGUCUAAACAGGAAGUCAGCCUUCCGUUUCUUGUAGAUAGAUUAAAGCAAAGACAUGGCAAACUAGAGUUUAGGAAAUCGUUUGUAAAGGAUUAACUUUCAUCAUUUAAAAUUGUUGAACCCCCUUCGGAAGCAGGAGAAGAGGGGGGAUUUUUUCCGGACUGUUUAAACCUGCAGAAGAGAGUGUAAAGCAAAGUAAUUUUCCACCGUCUUGAUCCUGGGAGCGGGGUGUCAGGACUGACGUUCUUUGGGAAGCUCAUUGACCAUAGACAAACAUCUUUGACAGAUAGUUAAAAGAAGAGAAACAUAGUGAUUCCAUUGUUCUCCUUCGCAUUUUAAAGGAACAAAUAUUGACAAAAUAUCUGAAAAAGGAAACUUUGUUGUUAGAUCUGCCUUUAAAAGAAAAGAACAAAUAGAAGUUCUUCCCCUAGAGGGAGCCUGUGAAACUGUUACUAAAUCUGAAUCGGGGAGCUCUGCAGCUGCAACAGAUUACGAUCGUGGGAAUAGACUUCUGACCUUGUAGAACAAUGUAUUCAGAAGCUCUGGUGUGUGCUUUCUGCAAAACAAGUGCCCUAUUGGAACAGCUACAUGAGAAGACGGACUUGAUGACUGCUGCAAUCAGAAAUUUUGGACAGGUAGUGGGUAACUAUAUAGAGCCCACCCAGGAAUCAAAUCAGGAGUGUGCUCUGACAGAUCAGAUGAGGGAAGAGGAUGUUGCUGAACCUCGGGCGCCAGAGAUGGAGGGAGCUGUGGCCCAGCAGGAACAUGAGUUCUUGGAUCUGACAAAUGAACUUGGAAAAAGCCAGAUUUGGAAAGAUAAAGUUUUGUUUGGUUUGGAAAUGGGGGGUUGGAUAGACCCCCCUAUGCAGAGAUGUUUGGACUUUUCAAGUCUGGCAAUGGGCCGUGAGAUGUUUGGGGUUGUGGGGGCUCUUAAUUCUGGAGGGACUUUGAAACAUGUUUUUAAAUACCACAUGGAGUUUAGUGUGGACUAUGGAAAAGGGGCUGAUAUGUCGAGAAGGGUCAAAAACACUGUCAAGUUGCAGUUCCCACGAGUGAAAGGAGCAGGAGACAAAGUAAAGUACAGGUAUAAAUAUGAAGAAGAGCCGCGGAAGGGACAUGGAAGAGACUUAAGGGCCUCGGACAUAAGAUUACCAGGUUAAUGCGCUAGAUUGAUGGGAUAGAAAGGACUGACAAAACCCGGGACCAGGAGGAAGAGACGCUGGAUGAAGAUUGGAAGAAUUUUUUUUUAUUAGGAUUGCUUUAUAAAAUUGAUGAAUGUUAGAAAAAUGUUGGAACGAAAUCAUUUGGCUUUAGCAAAAAUGUUAAAAGAAUUAUGUAAAAAUAUGUUAUGGUUAUGAGAAAUUGGUAUAAAUAAGAUCUAAGUUUUAAGUUUUAGGGUCUUUUAUAGUAAGAUAAGGUUAAAAUAGAUUAAGGUAAUGUAAUGACAGAAUAUUAUGAUAAAUGGAAAGGAUUUGCUGUGACAAUUAACAACUAGGAUACAAAAAAAGGGAGGAGUGAGGAGGUCAAAGAAAGAAGGUAAUGACAGUUAAGGAUUUGAGAAUAUUGGAUUUGUUCUCAAAUUUUUGUGGCUUAUUUUUGCCUUUUGACUGUGUUGUGUUACGUGUUUUGUUCUUAUUUUUUGAUUUUGAUUUAUAUCAAUUUGUAUUGUUUGAUUGUGGUUUGUUUUUCUUUUGUUUUUUCUCUUUCUUUUUCUUUUUUGUUUUUCCUGUAAUUCUAAAAUUCUUAAUAAAUAUCAUUUUUAAAAAACAAAAACAAAAUACACUUUAGAAAACAUCUGAAGGCAACAUCUGAAGUUCUGGAAAGUUUUUAAUGUCUAGCGGUUUAUUGUUUUUUAUAUUUUGCUGGAAGCCUCCCAGAGUGGCUGGGGAAGUCCAGCCAGAUGGGUGGGGUAUAAACAAUAAUAUUAAUAUUUAUCUGAUGUUGGUCCUUUAUUCUUUUCAGUACCUAUAUGAACAUAAAAAGCCAGUCGCUUUGUACCUGCCUGCUGAACUCAAUAGGAUGUGCAAACCAAGUUUAAUGAAGGAGGUAAUGAUUGACAGUCAUGGAAACGUUUGCUAGGACUAUUUUGAGGAAAACUGGUUGUUGGAGCAUAGAGCCAUUUAUCAGGAGAGCUUCACCGUUUAUAGAGUUUUUGCUUUCUGUUCACUUGUAUGUUUGGCAUUAGCUGCAUUCAGACAGUCAUAAGCCAAGAUAAACUAGGAAAUUAGUGAAUAUAUGAACAAGCUUUUUACUCACUCAGAUAUGUUUGUUUAGAACUAGGAAACUAUAGAUUUGGAACAAGACAGGAUCCUAAACCAUGGUAUGUUGUCUUUGUAUGUCUUGGCUGAUGUAGUGUGUUGAUUGAUGUGGUGUUUGGAUAUGGGAAAAUCCCCACUCAAGAUUUUGGAGAGCUGUGGAUAAGUCAUCUAUGGAGGGAGGACUUUAGGUCAGUGGUAGAGCAUCUGCUUUGCAUGCGGGAGGAUCCAUGUUGAAUCCUGCGCAUCUCCAGGUAGAGCUGGGAAUGUCCCUUGCCUGGAGAGCUGCUGCUAGUCAGUGUAUACAAUACAGUGGUACCUCGGUUUAAGAACUAUCCAGUUUAAGAAUGAUUUGGUUUACAAACUCCACAAAACUGGAAAUACAGUAGUAUAUUGGUUUGAGAACUUUACUUCGGUCUAAGAACGGAAGCCACACGGUGGAAGGGCACUGGUGGCGGGAGGCCUCAUUAGGGAAAGUGCGCCUCGGUUUUGGUUUAAGAACAGACUUCUGGAACGGAUUAAGUUCGUAAGCCGAGGUACCACUGAAUUGAGCUAGAUAAUGUCCCACCACCUUUCACCCUUGCAGAAUUGUCAUAAUGGUGGUGAUCCUCAGAGCUCCUUGAAAGAAGGGGUUGUGCAUGAGAUUAUUGAUUUGACCCCAUGUUCUACAUAAAUACUGCACAAACACUUUAAAGUAUGAUAAUCAGAACUGAUUCCAAAAUGAGUUUGAGGCUUUUCAUUAAAGAUUACUGCCUUACACUGUAUUUGAUUUGUUCUUUCUAUAUUUGGGUUUUUGUGUGCUAGAAAUACCUGAAAGCAAGAUCCUAGUUGCUUCUCUGUUUACACAGGAAUAAGUUUAUUUUGAGCUCAGGCCUGAGCUCAUUACUGUAAGUAGCCUGAACCCCCAUGAGGCCUUGGAUGUGCCACACUGUUUUUCACCCCACUUUUUUUGCCAAAGCUUUCGUGCUUCUGUAAAUGUAGAGCAGAGGAGGUACAUCUGAGUCUCCUCCAACAUGAGGCAUAGUUGUCAGUGCUAUGUGAAAGCACAAAGGUAAUUGAAGAACAGGCCUGAAUGCACCAAUUUGUCUUGUAUGCCAAACUGGUCAGGAGUAAUACAAGCUUAUUCAUCAGGGCAGAAGGUUUUGAGUCUUGGUUGCAACUAAGGGAAUCCAUUGACAGACUUUUUAAAGAACCGCCUCUGCAACAGCUCCUGGGUGUCAACUGAAGCCCUUCUAAGCUUACACACUGUGUUGUGUCUAAUGACUUCGACUGAGAGCUUGGCAACUCAGCCACUAAGGUUCUCACUAUUUAGUAUUGCUGUCAUAAGGGUUGAUUGAUGUGCCCCUGUGGGUUUAAAGGGGAUUGUGAUUGCUGCCGUUUCUGGUGUUUUCUGUGGUGGCAGUGAAUAUACAGUGGUACCUCGGUUUAAGAACAGCCCUGUUUAAGAACUAUUCCGUUUACGAACUCCGCAAAACCAGAAGUAGUGUCCCGGUUUGUGAACUUUACUUUGGUCUAAGACCAGAAUCCGAACGGUGGAAGGGCACCGCUGGCGGGAGGCCUCAUUGGGGAAAGCGCACCUUGGUUUAAGAAUGGUUUCGGUUUAAGAACGGACUUCCGGAACAGAUUAAGUUCGUAAACCGAGGUACCACUGUCGCUGCCUUUCAUAAUCUUGUUCCCACUUUUCUGCUGCACUCUAGUGCAGGCAUGUCCAACUCCUAAGAGACUCUGAUCUACUCACAGUAUAAAAAUACUGGCUGUGGUCUACCCAUUGUUAUUGACAGCCAAAGUUGUUGAGCUUCGUGAUCUACCACAGACGUCCAGUGAUCUACCGGUAGAUCACGAUCUACCUGUUGGACAUGCCUGCUCUAGUGUGACCAGCGAACAUAGCUGAGAAUGGGGCAGUGCAGAGAGCAGCAGUCUGGAUUCUUAGCAGCUGAGGGAGGUGGCGUCUCCAGGGUAGGGAGACAGCUUGGACCUUGCCUCAGUGGUCUGGUCUUGUUAACUUUCAAAUGUGUUGUCAUUCAGUCCUGUAGGAAAAUGCCUGGCAGUGGGUUGCGUUGAGGAGAAAGCUGGCCCCAACCCUGAUGCUGGGUGUCCUGGCCCACACUGUCAACAAUCUUGUGCAUAGGAGGCGUGAUACAUUUUCCAGAGGGCUUUGCUGUGUUGUACAAGCCACACACACUGUAUAUAGGAAUGAGAAGUGUCAACUUACAUUGAUGUGUUGCAUCAUGUUCAGGGUUUCAGUCACUUAAUUCCAUCCUUUUGGUUCCAUCCCCCCAACCAAAAGUAUUUUGUGCCCAUUACGGAUGCUCAGGUGUCUUUUGGGAAUUUCUGGGUUCCCUCCUUCCAUAGGGUUUUCCCUCAAUUCUGUUAUUUUUUUGGGGGGUGGGGGUGGGGAGUGCAGUGAACACACUUGCACCCAGUCCCAGCUAUAUUAAAUUCUUGAAUUUUUCUACUGUUGUCUAUAAGCAGCUUUUUCUCUCGCUUGAAAAUGCUGUGGACCAGGAAGUGACCUAUCCAGACAAUGAUUUUUUUCUGUUUGCCAGUGCUUUCCCCCCAAGAAAAGUAGGUGCUGGAACUCACCAUGAAGUUGUUACACUAAGUCACCGGGCAACUCAAGGCAGCCCUGAACGGAAUGCCAGUUUGACAACACCCACAGAGGCCAUAAAAACUGCGGCAAUCUGUCUCCCUAGCUAGUUUUGGGGUUGCCCCUGGUUUUGGUGCAUGUCCAAUCAAUGUGCCUCUGCCUUCCUCGUUCUCUUAGAUUCAGGCGGAUGGCUAGGGCAGCUCAGAAGGGCACACUGCGUAAAUGUGCAAGUGUGCAACAGUAGAUGGCUGGCUGGAAAGCUUAAAGCCCACCACUGCAACCUGGGAGACAGAUUGAAGAAAAGGAAAUACGAAUUUGCCCUGCCCUGUAGCUUGACUAGGAGUGGCUAGGAGCUAGGUGAAGUCAUAGAUCUAAAAGAAAGUGUAGACUUGCACACACUGACCAGCUUCUGUUUUGACUUGCAAUGUUUGUUUUGGGGUUCUCAGAAGUAUGUAAAGGCAAGAAGUAGGCGGGGGGAGUGCUGAUCGCAAUGGCACCCACCUGAGAGGUGCCACAACUGUGCUCUGGCAUGCACCAGCUGAAAAAAAGCACUGCUUUCUGCCAUAUACACACGUACUGUGUAUUUUUUUUAAAAAAAAAUUAUUAAAGUUUUCUUGGUUUACAAAGGUAUGUGCAAUGUCUCUUUUUUCAAGUUACAUUUUCCAUAGGUCAGUUUCAUUUGUUGAGACAUUAGGGUUACAUUAGGAAGAAAAGGGGGGUGCUUGUGUUCCUUUGGUGGUGAGAGAAUUUGGGGUUGGCCUAGGGUGUGGUUGCUUGUUUGUGAUUGGUUGGUUAAUAAGUGCAAGCAUGAGAUGACUCAAAUUGGUACUUAUGUACAGAUGCUCUGGAUUCACUUAUUGAGGCCCGUUAUUUCAAUAUUCCCCCCCCCCCCGUUACUUUAGCAGCUUUUUUUGUGGGUGUUGUGGCCCUUAAGCACAAGAAAAGCUUUUAGCAGGGCUGUCGGCCUGCCCUCAGGAAUUUCACUUAACCACUCAAUGAUUUAACAACACCAGACAUAGCUAAUUGAGAGCCCUUCGAAGUCCACUGUGUUGCUGCUUGUGUAAAACGCUUGAAGAUGCUUGAGCAGAAGGAACUAAUUUGUAGGUACACUGUGGUAAUAGCAGAAGAGAAUUCUUCUGGUAGCUUCACUGCAUUACUGUAUCAGCUUCUAGGAAGCCAUAGCAUGCAAGUUUGUAACUGCUAUAUGUAGCCUUUCACCUAGCUGGCAGUAAAAACUAAUGUUCACAAGAUCUCUAAAUAAUCCAGAAUAGCUGGAAUGUAGUAAUGUUAGGCAAAUGAGCCAAGUGACUUAUAUGUCUUUGCAGUGCUUGAUUUAUGCAACUAUUGUCACUUGUCGGUACAGUCAGUGUUGGCCAUUAAAAAAAAAAAUUAGAAAAAGGGACCAGUGUAAAGAACUGGUGGCUUGCAACAAGUGUACAAAUGUGCCUUUGAAAACGGGAGAGGGUGGAAUGGGGCAGAGUGGGCUUAUGCGCACCCCGGCAGCAUGUGUAGGUACCUCGGAACACAACUCCCACCCAUGCAAAUGGGGAGUUGCAUAUACGUACAUUGGUGAUUGUUACCAAUCUAAGGUAAAGGUAAAGGGAGCCCUGACCAUUAGAUCCAGCUCAUCUUGCUUUAUUGGCUGAGGGAGCCGGCGUACAGCUUCCGGGUCAUGUGGCCAGCAUGACUAAGCCACUUCUGGCGAACCAGAGCAGCGCACGGAAACGCUGUUUACCUUCCCGCUGGAGCGGUACCUAUUUAUCUACUUGCACUUUGACGUGCUUUCGAACUGCUAGGUUGGCAGGAGCAGGGACCGAGCAACGGGAGCUCACCCCAUCACGGGGAUUUGAACCGCUGACCUUCAGAUCAGCAAGUCCUAGGCUCUGUGGUUUAACCCACAGCACCACCCGCGUCCCGUUGUUACCAAUCUAGAACAUUUUAAAAGAGCCUUAGACAAACUCAUGGAGGAGAUAGUUCUUGAUGGCUUCAAGCCAUGAUGGCUAUGCUUUGCCUCCACUAUUGGAGGCAGUAAUGCUCCUGAAUACCAGUUGCCGGAAACCAUACGAGGAGAAAGUGCUCUUGUGCAUGGCUCCUGCCUGCAGGUUUCCCACAGGCAUCCAGUUGGCCACUGAGAAUGUGAUGCUGGACUAGAUGGGCCAUUAGUCUGAUCCACCAAGCUCAUGUUCCUAUGUACACACAUACUUGAUUCAUUAAUAGAUGAAGCAACAAUUUAAAAUAUUCUGAGCUUGCUGAAUCAGAUCCCAAUCUGUUUAGAAUAUUUUUUUUUAAUUGGAAAAACCUACACCACUAAUUACUAACAUAUGUACCGUAUUUUUCGCCCUAUAGGACGCACUUUUUCCCCUCCAAAAAUGAAGGGGAAAUCUGGGUGCAUCCUAUGGGGCGAAUGCAGGCUUUCGCUGAAGCUUGGAGAGUGAGAGGGAUCGGUGCGCACCGACCCCUCUCGCUCUCCAGGCUUCAGGAAGACAUCCGCAGCUUAGGCAGCCCUGCAGGAGUUCCUGCAGGGCUGUCUAGGCUGCGGAUAGCAGCCUGCCUCCCGCAGCGCCGGGCGCGCUGAAAGCAGAGCGCCCGGCGCUUCGGGAACACAUCCGCAGCCUAGGCAACCCUGCGGGACCUCCCGCAGGGCUGUCUAGGCUGCAGAUAGCAGCCUGCUUCCCACAGCGCCGGGCGCGCUGAAAGCAGAGCGCCCGGCGCUUCGGGAACGCAUCCGCAGCCUAGGCAACCCUGCGGGAGUUCCUGCAGGGCUGUCUAGGCUGCGGAUAGCAGCCUGCCGCCCGGCGCAAGGGGCGCCCUGAAGCAGAGCGCCCCUCGCGCCGGGCAGACAUCGGCCAGCCCCACAAGCUUGGGGGACAGCAGGGAGACACAGCGCCGCCAUCCCGCUGUUCCUCAACCUGGUUUGGUUUCCCUGACCUGGUUUUGGGGGGGAAAUAAAGGGGGAAAAAAUUCCUUUAUUUCCCCCCAAAAAAACUAGGUGCGUCUUAUGGGACGGAGCGUCCUAUGGGACGAAAAAUACGGUACAUAUUUAGGUGGCUCUUCAACCAAAGUUCACAGGGCAACAUACAAAAAUUACAAUAAAACCAUUGAACAUAGUAGCAAAGAUAUCAGAUAUAUUGUGAUCCAUAUGCCUGGGCAUUUUAUUGGUUAGAUAAACAAACUAUACUAAUGAGCAGCUACCAGAAAUGCACAUCUAGGUCUCAAAGAAAUCGCAUGCAAGUUAGAAGUAGGGGAGAACUCAAAAUAGCUGAGCAUUUUUUUCACAUGUGUAACAAUCAUAAUACUUUCUUUGUUACUGCUCAGAACUAAAAUGCAGCUAAUUAAAUCUUUUAGCUUUAUACAUUUAUGCAUUUUGACCUGGUUUUGGUUUUUUUUUUUGAAGCAGGAGCUGCUUUGUAUUGAGGCUAGUGUGCUUUUUGAGGUGAUGGGACCCCAGGGGAGAAUGAGCUACUCUAAUUCAAAUAUCUGAGAGUUUUGCAAUAGGAGAGGUAGUCAGAGCUUGAAUUAAGAUAGAAAGUGCUGUGUUAAUUACCAAGCUUUAUAUAUUGCCCUGGUUAUCAAAUAACAUCAAAUGUGUGCGAGCAGAAUUAUGCUUAUGUACUUAAUUUCUCAGAAAACAAUUUUGAAAAGUACUCAAGUAUGUAAUUUCUGUUCUGUAUAUCAUAAGUACCUUUAUUAAAUGAAUUUGUUGUAAUUUGAACUGUUUGACAUUGUCUGGUUACCAUCAUAGAAUUGCAGUGUUGGAAUUGCAGCGUUUCCUGCUUGGCAGGGGGUUGGACUCGAUGGCCCUUGUGGUCUCUUCCAACUCUAUGAUUCUAUGAAGGGAUCACAAGGCUCAUCUAGUCUAACCCUCUGCAAUGCAGGAAUGUUUUACUCAACAUGGGGCUUGAACCCACAACCCUGAAGAUAGUGUCACAUCAAGUUAGCUAUUUUUUCUUGGUAUGAUUUUUCUGAGUCCCCGUCCCCCCACUUGUUGAAAGUCAGAGUCAUAUAUCCCAGAUCACAUGCGGAAAUGUACACAGUGGGUCUAUAUGCAAGACUUUAGGGAAUUCUAGAACUGCCAUUAAAAUCAAUCAUGUUACUGUUUUUCUGCUGUUAUGUCAGUGGGAGAACUGAUCUAAUAGUUUUAGGUUACUAAAAUAUCAAGAUGUCUCUUCUGUAGGCAUUGUGCUCUGCUGUGCCAUAAGACUGCUGCCUGUCAGACUUAUCAUGACCUGUGUUGAGUGAGUUAGUCCAAUGAGUAGAUGGCUCUGACUUGCAGUGAGGGGUUAAGAUUACUUGGCUUUUUGCUUUUCUUUGAUGAGGAAAUUUUUGAAUUUCAACAUGUUGGCAAAGAGCUGUUUGAGUGCUUUCCAGUUUAUUUCCCCUCCUAAUAGACUGGGGGGUUGGGGGUGGGGAGAGUUGCUUUGAGUCAUAUGUUUAGGUUAUAAUUUAUUCCCCUCCUCCGCUUGUCUAUUUAGGAAGUUAAAAUUUCUGUCACCAUUUUAAAGGUUGCUUAUUUUUGUGACCUUUUUUAAAAAUGAAAAACAAAAUAUUCUGAUGUGUUGAGAAGCGCACUAGGUAAAUCUGUUUCUUAGGGAAAUCAUCGAUAGCUGUAAAUCCUAGAGUACAUUUAAAUAACACUUGAUUUAUAUGUGGUAAUGUUCUGGACAAUAACAGAGAAGAAUGACUGCAAAAGUAGGGUUUUUCAUACUAUAGUGAGGCUUUCCAUUCUUUUUGGAAAGUUAAAUUUCAGCCGCCUAAACAAGCAUCUUUUGUUUUAUUUAGUCUCAUAACUGUCUUUAUUAAUUGCAGAGGUCGCAGCAGUGGCAAAAGUCUGCCUCAGCCUUCGGUAAGUACAUAUUUUAAUAUUUUAUAUUGUGGUUCUUUGUUGCAUAUCUGAUAAUGAGAUAUAUUGAGUGUGUAAGGCAGAACGCAAAUCUGUUUUACUGUUUGGAAUGGUUCAAACUACCUUUUAUAAUAAAUAUGUUAGCUUCAUUGCUAUUGGGUUUUCCUUUGGGCUGGAUCAGAUAAUAACCUCUCCUUGAUCCAAUCCAGUAUCAUUUGGGUUGGAUCGGAUAAUGACCUCUCCUUCAUCCAGUCCAUAUGGAAAAGAGAGUGAAAGACUGAACUGACAUGCCAGUCCCGCCCACAGAUGUUCACAUGUGGCAAUUUCCUAGUUGGAUAGGGAGGGCAGACAUGCUCUUGCUUCUUUCAACAUAUAACUUGUGUGGGCUGGAUCAGAGAGAGGUGUUGUUGUCCAGCCAAGCCAUUUGUCCCACUCUGGUGGAAUGCAACCUGACAUUUUCAGACAAAAUUAUACUUGGGAGUAUAAAGCACUGAACUUACAAGUUUUCUAGAUAUUUUUGGCAACUAGGCAGCACACAAGCAGAAUAAUUUAAAGCUGUUGCUGGUGACAGCACCUAAAUAUUUUCAUUGUUGCUUGAGACUUGAAGCACCAACCUCUCCCUCCUACACUGAUGUAAUAUUUUAUUUAUCAGUUCUUUUAUUGCAUUUGUAAUGUGUUAGGUUUGUUUCUAGGCUCUCUUGGGCACCAUAUGCAGAAAGGUGGGACUCAGGUUUAUUUUAUUUUUUAAUAACAGAUAUUUUAGAGCAUUAAGAAUUCUGUCGAGUAUAAGAAAAUGCUGAUAAAAUCAACAAACUUUGAAAAUAAGAAAUCAUAAUAAAAUUAACAAAAUAUAGAUACAAUCAACAGAGUUUAAAAACAAGUUUUCUUAAAUUAACUUUACCCAUCUUGAUAACUGCAGUAGGGAGACGUGCAGAAUUGGGUCCAUAUAUUAUAUCUCUGUUCUGUUGUUUUCCCUUACUGGUGAGAAAUCGAACUUCAUUCUUGACCAUGGCUUUGACUACCUCAACUCAGUUUCUCCUAAUUUGAGAAACUUUGGGAAAUCUAUGACAUUAAAAAGUAGUAGAAAACGGACAUAAAUAUGUAGUCAUAUUGAUGAUAAAAAAUUGAUGUUAGAAACCUUUUUCCCUUGUUGUAUUUUCACAAAAUAUAUUGUCUAGGAAGCUCAAGGUAAUUCAACUGAUGACCUUAAUACACUUUUACUGAGUUACCUCCUAAAAUGCUUUCUUAGGUAAAAGGGUGAUGUCACAAACCUAAUGUGCUUCAAUAUAGAGAGGGCUACAUGACACCCAGGCAGUAGGGGACAGCCCAAAGUCAGCUGGUCAAUCAAAAAGAUUACAAUGGAGCUUUCGUCAUUCUUGUUCUCUGGUUCACAAGAGUAAAAUUGAUGGAAGAAUGGAGACAGCUUCCAAUCUAGAAGCUCUGCCAUCGCUGCACAUGUGUAUGUGCAGACCCACGAAAGGCAGCUGCCUGUGUGACAUUUCACAUUUGGUAGGAUCAGAAGCAUGCCAUGUACGUUCUUUUGUAAUGAACAGUGUGCGGUCAUAUGUGAGGAACCAAAGUGUAAAAGAAAAUUGGUCUUGGAAUCUAUUUUGAAUUGACUUUAACAUAGCUUUUUUAGACAUGUCCCUGUGAAUCUGUGCUUAUUGUAGAAGUGCUAGCUUUUAAACCAGCCUUACCAUUUCCUGGUGCUGCCCUCCAGAUGUUUUGGGCUACAUCUCCAGCCAAUUCUAUGUGCCAUUACCAUGCUGAAUUGUUGGGGGAAAGCUGCCUUUAACUUACAAGUACAAAUUGCAGUGCUUAUUCUUGUCUUUCCAGGAUUUCAAAGCAUUUUAAUUUAAUCUAUCUUGCUGGAGCACAAAACAAUAGGGAGGUUAAAAUAAGCCUGGCAAUGAUUAACAUACAGGCGUCCAGUGUGUUGGAGGGAAUUUAGAGGGUUCUGUGUGUACUCUGUGAAUUUACAAUAGCAGCCCUAUGGUUGUUUCCAACCAAGUCCUCAUGUGAGGAGCACAAUUUCAGUUUGCAUAACAGAACCACCCCCCUUCUUUCCAUGCACCUUCCAAAAUCUGCUUUGGAGGUCUUCUCGCCUCCCCCCCCCCCCUUAGUGAUUUGUAAGUCUGCUGGUGGGAGCCUCUUUUGGCUGAAGAGCAGACUUUUAAAAUGUCCCUAAAUCCCCUAAAAUUUUAGCACUAAUUUGUUGCACUGUUUUAAAUAUCACAUUGUUUUUCAAUAGCAGCAUGUAUUACUGUGUUUUUUUUUAUUAGUUUAUGUCUCAAACCUGUUCUAUAAAGUACUGAGCAGUCAAAUAACCAAAUCUUUUUUGAUUGGUCAGACAUCCAACCCCUCUUCAGCAUUUGGCAAUUGGUUUGUCAAAUGAAUGGGGUGUGAACAAACGUCAGUGCUGUUUUGAUUCCCUUUGAUUAACCCAGUUAUAAUUAUUCCAAUGGCUUCCUGGCUCUUCUCCCCUCAGCCCGCCUGGCCUGGCCCACCAUCAGUCUGAAUUUUUGUGAGUUGCAGCUGUGCUUUGAUGCCUAAUGAGUUUCCCCCCUCUUGUUUCAGGUUUCUUUCCCUGGUAUAUAUGCGAACAUGCGGAUGGUUCACAUUCUCACAUCAGUUGUCGUAAGUUAUAACCAAACAUUUCCCUGGGGAUUCUUUACUUGUAACAACAAUGUUAGAGGAGAUCUUAAUGGCUUGUUUUUUAUAUAACUAUUAAUUUACAUUUCUAAGUGGGGUGCAUAAAACCAACCCACAGAAAAUAGAUCAACAAAAUACUAAAAAAAAGCAUAAAACUAAACACUACCUUAAAAUAAGUAAAAUUUACCAUUUCUAGUCAGGACAUUUGUACACUGCUUCUUUAAUAUGAGGUUGGCAGAGUAUAUUUCUCCCUACUCCCCCUACCCCCCAGUGAUCCUUCCUGAAACCUGGUUCCAUUAUGAAGUCUCUUACUCUGCCACGUGAGAAUAGGCAAGUAGUCACACAGGGGAGGGCUUUCUGGGUUGUGAUAUCCGGGAUAGGGAACUGAUCUCUCUGGAGAGGUAUGCCUGACUUCCUCCCUCUUGUCUUUUAGGUUUCAUUGAAGCAGACCUUUAAAAAAUCUUAUUUUUUUUAUAUGUUGCCGUGACUUUUAAACUGCUGUUGGUUUGCUUUAUUACUGGGUUGUUUUGCAUUAACUUAUAUUUAUUUCUUGUCUUACUUUGCAUUGUAUUCAUUUUAUUUAAAUAGCCUCCAUACUUUAAUAAAAUUAAGUCAGCAAAGAGUAAGGGGCUCUUAUUGUGUUGGAACUUGAUUCACUUUUGCUGUUGGAAUGGUCUUUUUGUAAUAUUGCCUGCACCAAGCUUUGAAGGGAGUGCACUAUAAACCUUAGUUGAUUGAGGGCUAGGGUAAGAGGGAUAGAGAAUCACCUUAAAUGUGUAGUGAGAUUUUGUGUAGUUAAGUAAGCUACUUGAUGUUUCAUUUCCCUUGUGUGCAAUCCUUUGCUUUCUAACUCCUACAUUAAAAAGGGAAUUUCUCUUAAUGAGUUUUUUUCUAUCUAGGGAUCAAAAUGUGAAGUCCAAGUGAAAAAUGGAAAUAUAUAUGAAGGAGUUUUUAAAACUUACAGCUCUAAAGUAAGUGUGAUUAGCUUUUUGUUCUGAUUCUGUUGCCUAUCCUCAUUUGGUAUAGGUCGGAAGUUUGCGUUGGGAUCUAGCCUUUCUGGCUUUCACUUGAUGCCCCAGUAUAGAAUUAAUUACCGUAUUUUUCGCUCCAUAGGACGCACUUUUUCCCCUCCAAAAAUGAAGGGGAAAUGUGUGUGCGUCCUAUGGAGCGAAUGCAGGCUUUCGCUGAAGCCUGGAGAGCGAGAGGCAUCGGUGCGCACCGACCCCUCUCGCUCUCCAGGCUUCAGGAAGCUAUCCGCAAGCCUUGCAAGCCCGGUGGGAGUUCCCGCGGGCUCACAAGGCUUGCAGGCAGCAGCCUGCAGCCCCGGCGAGUGUCCGCAAGCCUUGCGCGCCCGGCAGGAGGUCCCGCCGAGCGCGCGAGGCUUGGGGCAGCAGCCUGUCGCCCGAAGCACGGGGAGCCCUCCGGAGGGCUCCCCGUGCUUCGGGCGAGUGUCCGCAAGCCUUGCGCGCCCGGCAGGAGGUCCCGCCCGGCGCGCGAGGCUUGGGGCGGCAGCCUGUCGGCCGAAGCCCGGGGAGCCCUCCGGAGCGCUCCCCGUGCUUCGGGCGAGGGGCCGCAAGCCGUGCGCGCCCCGGCAGGAGGUCCCGCCCGGCGCGCAAGGCUUGGGGCUGCAGCCUGUCGCCCGAAGCACGGGGAGCCCUCCGGAGGGCUCCCGUGCUCGGGCGAGUGUCCGCAAGCCUUGCGCGCCCGGCAGGAGGUCCCGCCCGGCGCGCAAGGCUUGGGGCUGCAGCCUGUCGCCCGAAGCACGGGGAGCCCUCCGGAGGGCUCCCGUGCUUCGGGCGAGUGUCCGCAAGCCUUGCGCGCCCGGCAGGAGGUCCCGCCCGGCGCGCAAGGCUUGGGGCUGCAGCUGUCGCCCGAGCACGGGAGCCCUCCGGAGGGCUCCCGUGCUUCGGGCGAGUGUCCGCAGCCUUGCGCGCCCGGCAGGAGGUCCCGCCCGGCGCGCAAGGCUUGGGGCUGCAGCUAGUCGCCCGAGCACGGGGAGCCCUCCGGAGGGCUCCCGUGCUUCGGGCGAGUGUCCGCAAGCCUUGCGCGCCCGGCAGGAGGUCCCGCCCGGCGCGCAAGGCUUGGGGCUGCAGCUGUCGCCCGAAGCACGGGAGCCCUCCGGAGGGCUCCCGUGCUCGGGCGAGUGUCCGCAAGCCUUGCGCGCCCGGCAGGAGGUCCCGCCCGGCGCGCAAGGCUUGGGGCUGCAGCUGUCGCCCGAAGCACGGGGAGCCCUCCGGAGGGCUCCCGUGCUUCGGGCGAGUGUCCGCAGCCUUGCGCGCCCGGCAGGAGGUCCCGCACGGCGCGCAAGGCUUGGGGCUGCAGCUGUCGCCCGAAGCACGGGAGCCCUCCGGAGGGCUCCCGUGCUUCGGCGAGUGUCCGCAGCCUUGCGCGCCCGGCAGGAGGUCCCGCCCGGCGCGCAAGGCUUGGGGCUGCAGCUGUCGCCCGAAGCACGGGAGCCCUCCGGAGGGCUCCCGUGCUUCGGGCGAGUGUCCGCAAGCCUUGCGCGCCCGGCAGGAGGUCCCGCCCGGCGCGCAAGGCUUGGGGCUGCAGCUUGUCGCCCGAAGCACGGGGAGCCCUCCGGAGGGCUCCCUUGCUUCGGGCGAGUGUCCGCAGCCUCGCGCGCCCGGCAGGAGGUCCCGCCCGGCGCGCAAGGCUUGGGGCUGCAGCUUGUCGCCCGAAGCACGGGAGCCCUCCGGAGGGCUCCCGUGCUUGGGCGAGUGUCCGCAAGCCUCGCGCGCCCGGCGGGAGGUCCCGCCGAGCGCGCGAGGCUUGGGGCUGCAGCUUGUCGCCCGAGCACGGGGAGCCCUCCGGAGGGCUCCCGUGCUUCGGGCGAGUGUCUGCAAGCCUCGCGCGCCCGGUGGGAGGUCCCGCCGAGCGCGCGAGGCUUGGGAGGUAGCCUGCCGCCCGAAGCACGCGAGGCUUGGGGCGGCAGCCGCGGGGGGGGGGAUAAUUUUUUUUAUUCAUUUCCCCCCCCAAAAAAACGAGGUGCGUCCUAUGGACCGGUGCGUCCUAUAGAACGAAAAAUACGGUAUUUUCGAGUUCACGGUAUUAAGAAUUCAGUGGUUUUAUUUGAAUAGUUCUAAAAACUCGCAAGCAGAUGAAAAAAGUGAGUCUUGGGUUCAGUGGUGAAGUCCAUGCAUUCGUGCACUCAAUUUUGGAAAGACCAUGUAGGAGGUAAGCUGUUAUAUUUUUGAUAACGUAGGAAUGACAUCUGGAUUCUGUUAACUGGCACCAUGUAAUUUUUCUUUUCUUAAACUUUGUGUUUGCAUUGCCUUUUCAGAUGUAUGUAAAAUUUGCUGGAGCAGUUGUUCCCAAAGGGGCUGGCAGGAGAGGGUGGCAAGUGUGGCAGGGAGAUAAAAGGACAAUCAAAUGAGAGUUUGUCUCAAAUUGGACCUAAUAUAAAUGAGAUUUCCAGGCAAAAGUAAGCUCACACCUCUCAUCAAGUUUGCAUAUAUACUUAAGGUAUACAGUCAUGCGUCAGGAUAAGUAUUUUCGGGUUGCGCUCCGCAGCGAUCCGGAAGUAACGGAGUGCAUUACUUCCGGGUUGCGCCGCUCGUGCAUGCGCAGACGGUCAAAAUGACGUCGCAUGCAUGCGUGGAAGCGGCGAAAUGCGACCCGCAGACGUGCAGUCGCAUCUUACGUUCUGUUCAGGAUGCGAACGGGGCUCCGGAACGGAUCCCGUUCGCAUCCCUAGGUACCAAUGUAUACGUAAGAGGCUUGUUUAUAAUUCUGUUUUGGGAAUGAUUCAUGCCCAUAUGUAGCUGCUUUGUUUUAUACUUUUUGGAUGCCCCAUGAACAUAUUAUAAAGCAGUUGUGUUCUGGUUCAAAAUCAAGCACUGCUAGGAGUUGCUUCUUUUUGUUUUCCUAUGUACUUCUUAUCAAUAAAAGUUUUGGUGUGGUGUGAGCAAAAUUUUAUCCUGAAAGUGUGGCCCAGAGGAAAAAAAGUUUUAAGAACCACUGCACUAGAGGGAAAGAGGGAGGCUAUUGUACAUUAAAAAGGUAAAGGUACCCCUGACCGUUAGGUCCAGUCGCGGACGACUCUGGGGUUGUGUGCUCAUCUCGCUCUAUAGGCCGAGGGAGUCGGUGUUUGUCUGCAGACAGCUUCCGGGUCAUGUAGAUUAGGAAGAUUAAAAAAGCCUUCUCUUUUGGGCAGCCUUUUGAGCAAGGUAAAAAUACCUCACUGUCUAUUGAUGUGCUUUAAUCUGAGCUGAUCAGCAGGUUGUGUGAGUAGUAACAUACCUCCAAGUUUGCUUGUCACAUUAUGACCACAUGCCUGUUGGUUCAUUUUUACAUUUGUGCAGGCUAAAUAUCUGGAAACCCCACACUUAUUUAGAAGAUUUUAAUUAUGUGCAUAGCUUCCACUCUCUUCAGACAAUGGUUUGCAAAUUAAAAGCUACCUCCAUUAGCAUAUCCUCGCUUCCCUGUUUCUCUCCAGGGCAAUUUCCUCAAUCUCUCUACCGUUAAUCUUGGUUUUGUGCUAUCUGUGCACUAGUUCAAUUGUGGUUAAUGCAAACCCUUAAUAUUUUUUUUAAUAAACCGGAGACUGAAGCCAUUGCUGGGUUUAUAAACCCACUGAAGCCAAGUUGCAAGAGAGCCUGAUACGAGUUCUCCAUGGUUUGUGUUGGCAUUCAUGAAGCAAAUAUUAAUGCUAAAAGGGAUGAAAAUAUUACCCAUGAUUGGAAGAAGGGAAAGGAAAGUGGCAUGCCUUCUGAGGUGUGCAGAGAGCUAUAGUUAUGUCUGCAGUAGUUGUAAGGAUAUCAACAGCGCAAACCCAAGUCUUUGAGGAAACUUUCUAACCCCCCCCCCCCCUUCCUGGGGCCUUUCAAAUGUUUUGAAUUGCAACUCACAUCAACCCUGGCCAGCAUGGGAGGGCACCAGGUUGUGGAAGGCUGUUCCAGACCAUCUGCUGAAACUUAAGUUCUUUCACAUUAAGCUUGCUCAGUUCACGUUUCCCUUGCCUUUCAGUGUGAUUUAGUGCUUGAUGCAGCUCAUCGAAAGACUGCAGAAUCCAGCCCGGGUCCAAAACGAGAAGACAUAAUAGAGAGUAUCUUGUUCAAGUCUUCGGAUUUUGUGAUGGUGCAGUUCAAAGACAUGGAUUCCAGUUAUGCACGGAAAGGUACCUGUUUCUAUAUGUUAGAAUGGUUUAUGAAACUAGCUUCUCUUUUAAAAAAUGUUCCUAAAGGAAGGGGUUAGGCUAUAAGGAGCUGCCUUCUGUGGCAUUGAAGUCUUAGUCCACAUAGCUUCAUACUGUCUACUGACUAGCAACUCCUCUUCUGGGGUUUUGAGGAAAGUUAUUUCCCAGCUUUCUUACUCUGGAGCUGCCAGAGAUUCACCACAAGGUGAUGUACACGUGGAGCAUAUGCUUUCCCACUGUUGAACCCUCCAGAGGUUUGUCUCACCCAGUCUUUGCAACUACUCGGAAGGAUUCAACCUCUUGCACCGUUUAUUGCUCCCUGCUACAACACUUGACAAAAGCACCUUGCCCCUUGUAAUCUGCCAGACAGAGAAGGACAACUGUGGUAGCUGCAUUGUUCAGCAGAACAGCUACACCUCUCCCCAUGUUAUGGAGUCACACAGUGGGGGUGGCUGAUAUCUCCAAUUUAAUCCAAGCAUUUGGAUUCCGGUGGCAGCUGUCUUCGAUAUUGUUUUCAAAACCCAGUGGGGAAGAAAAUAAGGCUGUUUGGGCUCUUCUUUGGAGGAUGUCUUUAGAAAAGUAGUGAUAGUAACUUAUUGACAGGAGGACUCAGCUGGAGAUCAAAGCCAGACUGGAUUUAUAAGGACAAAAGCAGCAGGCACCCGAACAGGUGAAUAAAUGUGGUGAAGUCUUAAAUGUCCCAGAAUUGUGAGCAAUAGUUUAAAAGCAGGGCUGGGGAACCUUAUUCCUGUCAAGGGCUGCAUUCCCUCAGGGGUAAUCUUUCAAGUGUUGCAUGCCAGACAUGGGCAGGGCAAGAGCCGAAAGCAGGCAGAGUUUGCAGCACUGCUGGAUAGCUUAGCUUUCUCUCUGUCUCUCUGCUACUUCAUCAUGCUUGUGGUGUCUGCCUUUCAGCUUUCUCUGUCCACCUCCCCUUCCAUUAGUACAGGUUAGAACUGAUUGCUUGCAGAGGGCUUUUUCUUUGCUCCUUCCCUCACUCCAUCCAUCUCCAGUUUUUCCCUCUGUCUCUCCCUCGGAGAUCCCCCCCAGCCUGUGGCUCACUGUGAAGCUUUUCCCUCCAGGCUCACCAUGUAACAACAGCCACGCCUCCUACUCCACCUGUCUCUCAUUGUCACACCAUGGAAGACAAAGCAGUUCUCAGGGGGUGGCCCCAGAGAGCAAGAGUGGGCCAACAAUGUCUAGAAUGCUGCAGGAAAUUGGGGCGGGGGCACAGGUUCCCCAUCAAGGUUUAAAAUGACCUUUUGCAAUCUUCAUUUGUUGUGUUAGCAUAUUAAGUAUUUGGAAAAAAUAAUACUUCUAGUUCUCCUAGUACUGUAUAUUGCAACAGAUAGCCAACUUACUUGAUAUACUCUGGGUUGACUGGCAAUAACCUUCCAAAAAACCCAAAAAAACCCCAAACAGAUAAAGAGCUCAAAAGUGCACGUGCUAAAUCAGUUUAACUAGUGAGUUCCCAAGUGCUAUAGGGAAAACAGAUGAAUCUUGCCAAGGUUAAAUAUUGGAAGUAUGAGAGAUCUGUGUCUGCUAGGUAACCUGAGUUUUUUCUGACUGGUUUAACAGGAAGCUCCAUUGUAGAACAAAGGAAUUCCUGAGAAUCCAGUGGCAUGUGUGUUUAUAACUGAGGGAGCGGAGACAGAGGGUGAGGAGGGAGUAACUAAAUUCUGGCAGUCUUGACUAAGUGAGAUUUGAAGGAUUCCAUGAGCUUAGUUUGCAUCCCUGAAAGAAGUCAUGGCACUCCAUUUCUUUUCUCUGGAGUGGGGUAUGUGCGUUGAGAGUACAGUAAUAUCACAAGGGGGUCUUGUUGAGCUUUUGACUGUUAAUCAUUUAUAGAUGCACUUUUCUCUGCUAUGACUAACUCACUUCUGAUAACAGGAAAUGCAGGACAGCUGACUGUUCUGUCCAGAGAGUAGCUAAACAGUGUCCAGAACGGGGAAUGAGGAAGAAGCUUAUUUUGCUACUGCAUCAAAAACCAGCCACCCCAUGACUCUAAAUUCCUUCUACCAUAGUGGAUCAGAUUUGACAAAGGGAGGAGGGAGCAAGAGAGGGUGUAUGUAUGUAUGUAUGUAUGUAUGUGAUUUGGGGACCCACCAGGUAAACUAAUUUUAGCACUGCACUUUAGCGCUUAUCAUAUUUUUGUGUUCGGGUUUUAUUUUGGAAGAUGGCACUACCAGUCAACCCAGAGUAUAUCAAGUACUGCAGGCUCCCUGUUAUGAAAUGGUAGGAGAACAAGGAGCAUUCUUUUUUCCGGGUUCUGUUCCAAAUUCAUCAUUUUAAAGCCUUCGUCUCUAUUCAGACAAUCUUCUAAACCAUGGACUUGGAUGUGUCCCCCUCCUUCCUUAAACAGCAGCAAGAAGAAUUAUUCCAGUUGUAGUUCAUUGCAGUUUCCCUGAACUGGGAAAACUAUGGUCUCCAAGCCAUGGUUUUGAAUUGGUCCUUUGGUUUAGAGGUAGUUCUAAGCGUCAUUUCUCAAAACUAGGAAGCUGAGGACAGAAUCGGCAUGUGAGGCUGCUGCUUGUUCCCAAGUCCUCCGUACCACAGUGUGGAAGAUUACCUGAACUGAGUCGUAAUAGUCAGUGGCCUGGCAUGGACCCUCAAAAUGUCACUGCUGCCCUAAUCUUAAUAAGGUCCUUUGCUUUAAUAACUUACAUGGUUCCUGCAUUAUUGCUUAUGUUUUUCAAGCAAACUUUGGAAAACAUGUCACAUUUUCAGCUACUGCCUCCUGCCUCCCUGUUGUGAGAUAAAAUGUUGUUAGCUUUCUUGGCCCACUGUGAUAUUAGAUAUUUGAAUGGUUGUUGAGCAGCAGUGCAUGUACAGCAGUUUUCAAGCUGUGCUGCAGAACUCUGGGCUCACUCUGGAAAACAUCUCUUUUUUAAAAAGCCUAAUCCGAGACUGAAAAAAAAUCCUCAAAUUUUAGUCACCGACCCCUUACAGGGAUUGAGGGGAUGAGAUGGGGGAAAUAAGUGCCUGCCAUCAAACUAAUAGGCUCUUUCAGAUUCUGGAGUAUCUGGUGGGUUUGCUGGAAUUUGCCUUGUGACACAGUCAUCAUUCAUGUUCCUGACUAAGUUUGCUAGGGCACUGCAGUUACCUUACCUGCUACUUUUAGUUGUGAUAUUUAAUCAUGGUGUGCUUGAUUUUCCAAACUUCUAACCAAACGAAAAAGCUAAUAGCCUUUGCUGCAGCUGUUAACUUUCUGGACCAGAAUUCAAACCCUGAAGCUGGCCAAGCCAUGUUUGUAUUUACAGUAUAUUUAAGGAGUAUUAGGAUGUGCGUCUAGGAAUAAACAACUUACCCAGAUUUUUGAGGCCAUGGCGGUCAGUUUUCAAAGCACAAAUGACACAAUAAAUGUUUGUGAAGGGAUAGAUAAGAGAAUGCAAAAUACGUGAAUUUGCAUCUGUGCUACUCUCUGACUGAUUUUUAUUUUCUUUCUUUUCCCAUGUCUGUUGUAACUCCUUCAGAAGCAGGUAAUAUAUUUGGCAGUCUUUUAUUUCCGUACUUUGAAUUUGCAUAUUUCUCUUUUAAAAAGUAGUAUGUAAUCUAUGUGUUUUAUAUUUGCUUACAGCUUCAUGGCCGUAGAAAUCAUGCAGGCUGCAAAUUAUUGAAAUUGGUUACAAGAUUAUUUUUGUAUACAGGCAACUCCCAAUUUACAUGGGGAUUACGUCCAAGGCACCACAUGCUUAAGUGAAAUUGUAUAUAUUUAAACACCAUUGAAAAAGCCUGCAAACAUCCUGCCCCUUUCUUGUGACAUUUUUGGGUAACUUCCGGGUUUGGUGCAAUGUGUGUGGUCACAGUUCUAGCUGUGUGUAAUUUACAUUUAUUUAAAAAUAUAAAUAUUGCCUCUUGCUACACCCAGUAUGCAGCCUAAAGCAAUUGCAUGGGAAUUGUUUGUAGCCAUGUGUUGAUAAAGCAGUUUGUUUUUGUUUUUUAAGUAACCAGGUUGCCAGGAAUAUCCCUUGGGGUGUGUGUCCCUACCUUUUUUUUGUUGUAACUUGGGGGGGCUUCAGGUGCCUGGCCUCAUUCUCUUUGCCAUGUGUGAGAUACAGAGAGUUGUAGACCGUGAAAUCAGGUGGUGCAGCCCUCAGUGGAGGAGCCGUGCUAGUGUAACUUGUACAGUGGUGCCCCGCAAGACGAAUGCCUCGCAAGAUGAAAAACUCGCUAGACGAAAGGGUUUUGCGUUUUUUGAGUCGUUCCGCAAGACGAAUUUCCCUAUGGGCUUGCUUCGCAAGACGAAACGUCUUGCGAGUUCUUGCGAGUUUGUUUCCUUUUUCUUAAAGCCGCUAAGCCGUUAAUAGCUGCUAAGCCGUUAAUAGCCGCUAAGCCGCUAAUAGCCGCUAAGCCGCUAAUAGCUGUGCUUCGCAAGACGAAAAAACCGCAAGACGAAGAGACUCGCGGAACGGAUUAAUUUCGUCUUGCGAGGCACCACUGUACUUAAUAGGACUUAUUUCUGAGUAGACAUGCAUAAGAUUUGUACAGCUUUCCCAAGUGUUGCCACUGAUGCUUCUGCCCAACGCUAGGGGUGCAGAGUUGGCUCUAAAUUGGAAGUAAAAUAAAGCAAACUUAAGGUGAUGAGCUCCAGAUUCAUACUUCUUUCCUGGUCAUAGACACAGUCUUAUGUAACUGAAGCAGUUCCAAAGUUUGUUUUUCAAGCCAUAAGGUUGGUUACGUAAGCAAUUUCUACAGAAUUGUUAAGGGGUACUGAUUGUUGAAGUUUUGUCCUAAUCUUGUCCAAUUAUUCUUUCAUUCUAUGGAAUCAAAUGAUUUUGGAAUUUGAAGGUAUAUAGAAUAUUAACUAACUUGAACUGAUGUUAGUAUUGCGUUAAUUUUAUUUUUUCAAUUUCAGAUGCUUUUACAGAUUCUGCAAUCAGUGCUAAAGUUAACGGUGAACACAAGGAAAAGGAUCUUGAGCCUUGGGAUGGUGGAGAAGGCACUACUACAGAUGAGCUUGAAGCUUUAGAAACCGAUGUUGUGAGCACAUCUUUGUCUUGGGUUGACGUUUGAGGGAGGGCAUGUAGUUUGAAGGAAAAUCAUCCAAGCAAUAUGGCAAUUUUUGUUUUUGCACAAACCGUUCCAAAAAAAGCUGCCUUACUAGAGCAAGGCAGUGUUGUAACUGGGAAUUUAUUUAUAAGAACAUUAAGGAAAGUGGGAACCAGGGUGGAUUUGAUUUAAAUCACUAGUCAGUAAGACUUGAUUUAAAUCUUUUUUUUCUCAGAAAGACAUUCCUGCUGGUAUAAUCUUAAUAUUUACAAUCAGAUGAAGGUUUCGUUUUUGGAAUAAUAAAUUUUCAGAGUAGUUUUACAGUUGUAUCAAAAAUUACUGUGUUGGUUAUGCUAUUAGAAAUACAUAGAUAAUUAUGAAAUUAUUGUGAGGUUCAAUAAGUAUAUUUGGACAACUUUUCUGCUGUACUUUAUUGGAAGGAGAAAAAUAAUCACAACAAUUAAUAACAAUUUCCUUAAAAACCAACUUAGACGGAGUUUCAGCACGCAUGAAAAACUUAAAACAAAUCCUUAUUUCCUGAUGAAUAGCCUUUGGACUAUAAUGUAAUUUAAAUAGAAAACUAUCUUUAGAAAGAUUUUUUCCUCCAAAAGCAUUUUAUUUUAAAAAUCUAAUUUAAAUUUAAAAAAUCUGAUUUAAAUUAAAAAAUCCAUUUAAAAAAAAAUUUUAAGCAUUGAUUUUUAUCCACCUUGGUGAGAACUACGUAGUUAAAACAGGAUUUUGUUGAACCCCUGUACCUUAAAGUUGAAGGAACUUAAUUUAAAUUAAAUUUUGUAGAUUUAGUGCUAAAUUGUCGGCUAACUUCUGGAAGUGUUUGAGGUUUUUGUGUUGGGGGACAGGUUCUGUAAGACCUCAACUUUUCAUACAGAAAUAUUUCAUAUAUGUCAUAGAUGUCAUAUGAUAAAAAUUCUGGAUGCUUGUGCAGCCUUGCAUUAGUGUGAUUGUUCCUUGAUUGGUGUGAUUUCCUAUUCUGCAAAAUACCAUGUCCUGCAGUCUCUAAUCAAGCAGCUGCUCCAGUAGUUGUCUGUAAAAUGUAAUGAAGAUGAUUUUGUACAGCAGUUUGCUGAGAGAUAGCCUUCACCCCCUAGCUCUGUGGCUUGACUCCAAUAACCUUCCCAAAUACGUUGUGUCUAUAAUAGUAAUGCUUCUUUUUGACACAUACAGGACUAGUCAAAGCAAGGCAGACUAUUGGUGUGUUUCAUGUAGUGAAUAAUCUUCCUGUUUUACUAAAGAUAAUUUACGCAGCAGCUCUUGGGUAAAACAUAGCUCAGCAGUUCAAAACAUUCCAAGCUUUAUGAUUUAUAUCUGUUAAAUGCAAAGAUACUGUCAGGUGUUGGUGAUGGUUGCUCGUGAGUAACCAGGCAGGACUCUGACCUGUCUUUUACAGGUUUUAUUGUACUGUACAGUUCAGAACCACAAAGUUCAUGUCCGUCUUAGUCACUUGCAGAUUCUGGGAGUGGCCCCUUCUGGUUUCUCCCCCAGCGUAAGAACUUAGACACCCCAAAUCUCCGCCUCCCCUCCUUACGUUUCACCCCUCUGUGCAAGCUGGGCAACAGAAACGGCUUGUCUGUUUCCUGGCCAGUCAGGCCAGGUGAGGCACUUGGGCUCUCAGUAGCAUCUUCAAACCCCCCCCCCCCACUUAGCUGCCCCCUUCCCUCUCUGCUCCACUGGCUUUCCCCACCGCUGGACGAGGAGCUGCUUCUCAGAAGCGUCAGAGGCUCUCUGUAUCCCCCUGCCUCCCUCCCCUGUUCCUAUGGCAGUGCCCUGACAGAUACUUACGCAGGAAUAAGGAUGGGGAACCUGUGGUCGUCCAGCGGUUGUUGGAUUCCAGUUCUCCGCAUAGCCAGUGCUCAGGGAUGAUGGGAGUUGUAGUCCGGCAAUGUUUGGAGGGACACAAGAUUCCCCCGCGCGCGCGCUUUAGAUGACUUUUGAACUGUUGUGAAUCCCAAGCUUCUUUUCCUUCUAGUCUAAUGGAUGGGAUCCUAAUGACAUGUUUCGAUACAAUGAAGAAAACUAUGGCGUAGUGUCAACUUACGACAGCAGUUUGUCUUCAUAUACGUAAGUAACAAUAGGUGGUGUGAUUUUUAUAUUUAUUGUUCCUGUUUCAUUUAGUCUGCAGCAUUAAGAAUAUUCCUCCAGGGUCUUUGCCUAGGAAGAGGCUGGGGGGGAGGACUUUAAAUUUUCUCUUCCCCCCUGCAUGUGUAAGGGUGGAUACAGGUUUCUGACGCCUGUCAAACUUCAUUCUUUUCUGGAGAUAGUAGUCAAAAAAGAAUUCUAAAGUUGAAACAGUUGCCAACAUUCACUUGAUACAUAUUUACCAGUAUAAACAUUAAAAAACCCCAACAGAUAGGGGAGGGAGUCAUUUGGAAUAAGGUCAGUUUUGCCGUUUGAAUCCUAUUUUACUGUAAUCAGCAUAUCACAAAUUUGACUGCUUAACGGGAAGCUUUGGGCAGUGCUCUGUGUACUCUGGAUUGUAUCCCAAUACUUUAUUAAUUGGCUUUGCCCUUGACAGCAAAUGAACAGGAUCAGGGUGCAGAUUCGUUACCCCAAAUGGUAGAAAUUCCAAAUUCAACUUGUUCUUAACCAGGGAGUUGCCUUAAGAAAAUAAAGCAAAAUACUGGGGUUCUGUGGCAGAGGAGUUCCUUUGCAGAGAAGAUGAUGGUGCAGACAGUAUUUCCUGAAGGAAGCUGGUUGGGAAGUCACUGGCAGACGUGCUAUUAAACCGUCAUGCCACCAUCAGAUGGCUCCUCCGAUGCUGCAAUCUUAACACUGUCACCUAUGGCUUUCCCCCCCUUGUAUCUAGAGUUUAAAACCAAUCUGCUUUUUUUACCUCUCCUUCUCCCCUUGGUUUUAGGGUACCCCUUGAGAGGGAUAACUCCGAAGAAUUUUUAAAAAGGGAAGCCCGAGCAACCCAGUUAGCAGAAGAAAUUGAAUCUAGCGCUCAGUACAAAGCUCGAGCUGCUUUGGAAAACGACGACCGGUCAGAAGAGGAAAAAUACACAGCUGUUCAGAGAAGUGCCAGUGAGCGAGAAGGCCACGGCGUGACCCCCAGGUAUCUGGCGGGGCAGCAGGGGGAAGUGGGGAAUCACUACAUUUUCAUAUAAUUUUAGAAAUAGGUAUUGAAUGGUUUUUACAGGCCAAGUAGUUUGGCGUUCAUCUGUUGAUUGAGUUUCUGGAUGACAGCAUAGCUUCUCUGUAAUCUUGUACAGUUUAUGGGGAAAAGGGAUUGCUACGUCUUACAAGGUUAUUUUCCUGCAUAAGGAGUGUUCUUCCUCUGAACUUGUAUAAGAUUCCUCAAUCUUCUGUGUGUGCAGUGGAAUCUGCAUGAGGGUCCAGCUAAAAUGGUUCAGUUGUAAGACUGGACUGUUUCUCUGUACACAGUGCUGCUUUUCUAGAAAAAGGUGCCAGAACUCACCAUGAAUGCCUCCCUUGUUCUCCUAUCAUGGCAAUGGCACCCACCUGAGAGGUGCUGGAACCGAGUUUCAGUUCUACCUAGCUCCUAGCCGUGAUUGGUCAAGCUACUGUUUAGGGCCAAUUCUUAUUUCCUUUUCUUCAAUCCAUCUCUCAUGUAGCAGUGGUGGGCUUUAAGCUUUCUAGCCAGGCCUCUACCAUUGCAUGUACACGCAUUUGUGCGAGGACCCUUCCGAGCUGCCCUAAAUCUAAGAAAACGAUGGUGGUGGGGGCGUAUUUAUUUGACCUGUACUAGGGGCGACCCCCAAAGCAGCUAGGGAGACAGCUUGCUGUAGUUUUUUAGCACCUCCACAGGGGUGGGUGGGUGUACACACACACACACACACAUACAUAAAUGUACAAUUUGUUUGCAUCUCAUUCCUUUGAUCAUCUUUCUAUGUACCGAUAACAUUUUAUUGUUUAUGAUGUCUGUAUUUAUUGGACAUGUGUUAGUGGAUUCAUAUGACAAUGAUGUCAGCCAUACUGAGAUGAUCUCAAGUAUUAUUUUCAGAACCUAGCAUUAAAUGUCUCAAUGUCCAGUAUUGCUGGUGGCUCUGGGCUGUAAUUUGUUGUCAUUGUUGCAUAGAAAUAAUGACAACUCUCCCAAUUUGAAGCUAAUGUGAAUUGCUAAUAUCAAACAUGUCCUGCUCCCUUUUAUUCCUGAAUAUUUAAACAUUUCCCUGCCCUUAAGAACAAAGCAACAUGUGAUUUUAAGCCAAGAGCUGAAGUCCCAUCUUACAUCUCUCUUCCUCCCCCCUUUUUUCCUCAGGGAGAAUAAGUACAUUCCACCUGGACAGCGGAAUAGAGAUGUUCUUUCCUGGGGAACUGGAAGGCAGAAUUCACCAAGGAUGGGCCAGUCCAGUUCAGGCCCACCAAUUUCAAGAUCUGGGUCUCACUCAUCGGACUACAGUUCUAACUCUGGAGCAGACCAAAGAGUAGUUAAUGGAGGCAAGUGUUCAUCAUUACUGAAAUAAUAAAGCUUUUCUAGAGAGAGCUCUCCAUCGCUGGAUCCCUGGGGUAGUAGCCCUUUGAAAUAAUGUCUCCUGUUGCAUCCCACCACUAAAACAGAAAGAAACUAAAGCUGUGUCCAUGGAUAUAUAGUGAAUUCCCUUUUGAAAACAUCAGGCGAGUCCCUGUUGCAUUAGAAAGGGCAGUUCUCUGACUCCCUUCAUUGCUGUAGCCCCAGUGUGGUUAGUAGGUCUGCAUCGGCUGAACUAGCCAACAAAUGCUUCUGUUUAGUCUUCACUAAGUGUUGAAAUGGAGAUGGAUCUGGUGGAUGGGAAGAAAGGCAAUCCAGCAGUCUUCUCUCUGGUUUGGCUCCAUAGGAACACUUCACACCAAGCACACUUGAUACCAGAUUCUGCUUACAAUAACCUUGGCAAUACCAGCAGCCAGUUACUUUAUGCACACAUCAGUAACAGCUGCAGCUUCUUUGUGUUCUUAAAAUUUAACUUCCAAAAUUGGCAUAAAGUAAUCAAAGUACAUAGUCCAGUUAAAAACAAAACUGUAAUUCAUUUUUUGUGUGUUGUAAGCUGCCCUAGGGGUCUUUGGCGCCAUGUGUGGCAAGGUAUAUAUUUCGCUAAAGAAAUACAGCGCGUUUUUCUUAAGUGUGGGGGUUGGGGGAAGAAAAGGCCUGGACUGUACAUUGAUUUCAGGUAAGUGGCAUUAACAAGACUUUGAACUUCAGCUGGUAAAAAAACAAAUGAUAGCUGUGUGGUACCUGCAAGAUAAAAUGAGGCUGAAGCCCACCAAGCACUCCUCCUCCUGCUGCUGCUGCUCCUCUCUUUUUACAUUAGGGGGUCCCAUGAAGGGCCCCUGUUCAGAUGAGCAAUUAAGUCCAUGCGUUGGACUUGUGUCUUUCUGUUGCUUCCUAAAUAUUCCAUGGAAGAUCAUCAAAGGCCUUGUGUUUUUUUUGAAGUGCAGCAGGUUUGAAUUUGGAAACAGUGCCCUCUAGAGGAAGCUCCUGCUGUAGCCCAGGGGCAGAGAUCUAUGUGGAUCUAUUGUGGCCCAAUUUCCUCUUUCACAAAAAUUCUGAAUGACUUCAUUAUUGAAAGGGCACAAUAGAAGUAAAUGUCAGCAGCUAAACACAGCUCUCUUUGUAACGUGAUUUCUGUAGUUUUCACAUGUCUUAGCGUUUGAAAGUGGUACAUCCAGCGGUCAGUGUGCUUCACCCGCUUAAUGAAAUUCCCUAGAAGCCUCUUGUAGCUCCAUUUCUGAAAAGCUGCUGUGCCAAGUGAUGCAUUCAGUGCAUUCCUUUUACCCUGGGCAAGUUGACGCAGGCAUGUUUUCCUUGAUACAUGGGGGAUUAGCUACACAUUUAGGUUUUCCUCACCGCUCAUGGAACCAUGCACAGCUAUCCGUGAUUAAGCACAAGCCAUAUAAGUGUGAUAUGCAAAUAGUCUUAACUGAUUUACACGCCAUUGUCUUUUCCAUGGUAGUGCUCAUAGAUCCUGAAUUUAACCCAUUGGGGGGAAACUCUGGUUGGUGAUUGCAAACUGAUCUGUCCUGUAUUGAGGGUGGAAUAACUGCAGAUUUAUUUUGAUUUUGUACGAACCUGUAGAAAUCCCCAAUGGGUUAAAAAAAAAAGGUAUGAGAAAUCAUUUUUGUCAUUUUUACUUUCCCCUCCCUCUGUUCCCCCCCCCAUAAUUUUAUUUUCUUUAGUUUUUAUACUUUCCUUCAUAUCAUUUGUUCUGUCAGGUGUUCCCUGGCCAUCGCCUUGCCCAUCUCCUUCCUCUCGCCCACCUUCUCGCUACCAGUCAGGUCCCAACUCUCUUCCACCUCGGGCAGCCACCCCUACAAGGCCGCCCUCCAGGCCCCCUUCGCGGCCCUCCAGGCCCCCGUCUCACCCCUCUGCUCAUGGCUCUCCAGCUCCUGCCUCUACUAUGCCUAAACGCAUGUCUUCAGAAGGUACAAAGACCACAGUUUUGUUUGUUCAUGAAUUUUCGUUUGUCUUUGUGUUCUCCCUUUCCUCUUGUGAGUUACAGUUAAAAGAAUUGUUCUCUUCAUUACUAAACCUUUUAUUUGUGCACUUCAAAAAAAUUAAAGUUUUUGUUUUGUUUCUGUUAACCUUUUUUUUUUUGUUUAAAAAAGGGAAUUUCACAGAAAACCAAACCAUUAAAGGGAUGGCCUUUUCCUGAAAGUGAGAAAUUCAGCUUCCUAGUGCUACUUUAGUGCAUUGCAGAGCACAUGUGGAUGUAUCAUCUGCAGUCACUUAGCCAUGGUUGCAGGAUCACACCGUCGCCCCUACUGGCCGUAACCAUGGUUAAAGGUCUUGUCUCCAUUGCCGUUAACUGUGUUCAGUGCUAGCUAUGUUUUGUUUGAAUUCAGAUGCUUAGUUAAAAACAAACUGGUUAGCAUUAGCCAUGGUUAAGAUGAAUGUCACCUUCAGCCUUUAUUAAGGCCAGUCCGGGGAAUUGCUGUGCUAGAUGGGAAGAUCAGGUGGAGGGACAGGUAUAUGAACCUGAGACCCAUUCCUGAUCCCAUAACCUAGUUAAGGAGCUGAGAGGGCUGCAUCUACAUAUUUCCUGAAGUGGCUGGUGAUGGAGGGUUUUGCUCAGAAUGAUGCUUUAUGACAUAAAUCUGUUAAAAAUGCCUGAUUCACAUUGUGCCCACUGCAGAAUCCUCCUUACUGGCAAUUGCGGUGAGGGAGACUGGUUAGAAGUGGAUGGAAAUUAAUUGUGUAUUUAAAUUCAGUUUGAGUUCCUCUUGACUUUCCUGAAACUGUUCAGUGGAAUUGAAUAAUUUUAAUUCUGUCUUGAGAGGAUGAGACUUGUUCAGCAAUAAGGAAUCAUAGAUUGAACCUAUUCUCAGCUGCAGCUAAUUUCCAUACUUUAAUUGCAUUCAACUCAUAUACUAUCUAGGAAUUUUGAAGAUGCUGAACCAUUUGCAGGGGGCACGCUGACUUGUUUCUCAAAUUCUAAGGCAAUUCUUUGAAAUGUCUCUGUGAUAUGCAGGGACAUAAAAACGAUGAGAGCUGAAAAACUAUUAAAUGUGGGCUGCUUAAUUUGCUGUUAAAUUUUAUAAGUUCUCUGCUGCCAGGAGGGCUAGAGCAUUCAAAGUGGUCAGGUUUGGGUUUUCUUAUCAAGAGUUAACUGAUGAAAUCCACUUGAAUUCUCUCUGCUGUGCUUUUGCACACCUCCUAUUUUUGUUUUAUGGGGCAUGUGAAUAUAGGGGACAUGUCCAGUGGAUUGUGUCCUAACCUAGCAUCUGUCUGGCUUCAUAUUUUUUCCUCCCCAGUUUUGUCACGAACUAUAUUGAGAGGAGUGCUGAUUUUUAAAUGUCCUGAGACCGUGUAUGAUGAUGGCAGCCCAGGGAUGGGGAACCUUCGUGCCUCCAGAUGUUUUGGAGUACAGCCUCCCAUCAGCCCCAGCCAGCAUGGUUAGGGAUGAUGGAAUCUGUAGGGUCUAAGGUUCCCCAUCCCUUAUGUAGCAAAAAUUAAUAGAAUUUGGGGGUGAAAACGGAGAUUUCAUGUUGUGUUCAUAGUUUAGGGUGUCUUUUCAUGCUUUCUUCAGGACCUCCGCGGAUGUCUCCAAAGGCACAGCGGCACCCUCGAGGCCACAGAGUCUCUACUGGGAGGGGCACAAUUUCAAGUGGCUUAGAAUUUGUCUCUCACCCCGUGCCAGGAGAAGCCACCACACCUUCAUCGGCCCGAGGCAGCCCUUCAGGUGGGACAUGGUCAUCGGUGGUCAGUGGUGGUAAGUCAAGCUCAGCUUCCUACAGAAAGUCCUGUUGGGGAAUUUUACAGUUAAAAGAAUCCUGUUUCUUAAGCCAAACAUUUGAGAACCCAACAGGCCUGCUGCUGCUGAUGGUUGGCGAAUCCUGAUUCUUUAUUUUGCCUGCCUAGAAACCAAAUGUUACAACUGAGGCUGGUAAAACUGGAUUGUCAUGGAAAGCAGCAGAUGUGCUGUUUCUCCCUUCCACUUUGAUAGACUGUUUUUAUCAGUUGAUUACAUUCCUUUCCAGAGACAGGCUGGUAGGUCAGUUGAUUGGAGCUCUCAGCCUUUAUUAGGUGAUUUGACUUUUCUCCCCCCCCCCCCAGUCUCUUCUGUGUGUUCAUCAUCCUCUGGAGUGAUGAUCAGGUUGUGCUCCUGUGAGCCUCAGUAUUCUUAGGCCUAGACCCCAUUCCUGGUUGCCCACUUUCCUUCUUUCUGUCCUGUUUUGAGGGUGACUCAGAAGACACUGAAAGCCACAGUGAGAAACUAGGUGGACUUUCACAGGGCAGCGAGUUUAGGAUUGUGCCGCAGAUCAAUUUCUGGGACUACAAGCAGAAAUUGGUUCUUACCAUGAAUUUCUGUUUGAAGAGUGGACUGGGUCAUUAGGCGAUGGAAGCUGUUUCUCAGAUUCUUUUCCAUGUUAGUGAGGGCUGGUAAUAGGAAGCGACCUGACUCUGCUUAAAGUCUCCCUUGACAAACCUUUGCUUCAGUGCAAUCAAUUAUCAAGCAUUGUUUCACAGUAGAAGGAUUCUUAGUGCUGUAUUCUACAAGAAUCGUUUGAAAGAAGCACUUACUGCUUGGGGAAGAGAAGCAACAUCACAGAAAUCUGGGGACUUUCCUAGAAAGGCAAAAAGGGUUUUGGUGACAAUUUUAUCAGCUCAGUGUAAGCCUGGCAUUAGGUUUCACUCCUUUUAGUACAAAACAGCUGUGCAGUGUUUCAACAGGGUCUCUUUUAUUUUGUUUCUAGUCCCUAGGUUGUCCCCUAAAGCACACAGACCCCGGUCUCCAAGGCAGAGCAGCGUUGGCAGUGUGCCUUCUGGGCCAGCUCUGUCUUCUCCUCAAGCGGGCUCUACUCCAGCAGAGCCUGUAGCUGCACCUGUUCUAGCUGCAUCUCCUACCCCAGCCAGCCCUGCAUCCAUUAGAGCAGGUACACCAUCAGCUGAAGGUAAGAAGCCCUUUUAUCUCCCCCUGUUCUGAGUCUGAGUAGAAAUGCAAAGACAUAGGAUGAUCUAAAAAUUGCUUCUGUGUUUUAAGUGGUUGGAGAGCAGUUCUCACACACGUUUAUUUUUAUGCAUUAGGUUUGCUAAUCAUAUGCAGUCAAUUUUCUCUCUGUGUGGGAAUCUUUAUACAGAGGGAGAAAACUGGCGGCUCCAGGCAACUACAUAAUUUUCUGAAUGGCUGUUGAAAAUUACAAAAAUGAGUAGGAAAAGGUUGCGCUCUGUUUUUCCUAAGACAUCCUGCUGACUUUCUUUCAAUUCAGCCGAUUAGGGCAGCCUUCCCCAGCAUGGUGCCCUUCAGCUGUUCUAGAAUUAAAAGGUAAAGGUAAAGGGACCCCUGACCAUUAGGUCCAGUUGUGGCCGACUCUGGGGUUGCGGCGCUCAUCUCGCUUUAUUGACCGAGGGAGCCGACAUACAGCUUCCGGGUCAUGUGGCCAGCAUGACUAAGCUGCUUCUGGCGAACCAGAGCAGCGCACGGAAACGCCGUUUACCUUCCCGCCGGAGCGAUACCUAUUUAUCUACUUGCACUUUGACGUGCUUUCAAACUGCUAGGUUGGCAGAAGCAGGGACUGAGCAACGGAAGCUCACCCCGUCGCGAGGAUUCGAACCGCCGACCUUCUGAUUGGCAAGUCCUAGGCUCUGUCGUUUAACCCACAGCGCCACCCGUGUUCUAGAAUUAAACUUCCACAAAUCCCAUCUGGUAUGUCUAUGCCAUCUGUGGCUUAUGGGAGUUGAAGUCCAAAACAACUCGAGGGCACCAGGUUGAGAAAGGCUGGAUUAGGGUUUCAUACAGUAAAACAGUAAUAUUUAAAAAGUAAUAUUGCCCUUCCAUGUAUUAUUAUUUUGGAAGAAAUACAUUUAAUUUGAUUUUCAGAGCUGUUGUUGUUCUUAUUGUUGUUUCUAACCCACCUUUUCCCAAGUCCAAAACUCAAGACUGCCUACAUAGACAAAAUAGAAAAAAGUAAAAACCAUAGAAAGACAAACAUUAAAAUGUAAUUAAAAACUAAUAGAAUUAAAAUAUUAAAAAGUGGCUCUUUGAAAGUCUCUCUUUAGUCAUCUUCAUUAUCAUCGUUUUAUUUGUACGCCACCUUUCCAAAAUCAGGAUGGCUUACAACAUGAAACGAUCUACAUAAUUACAAACAUAGCAAAAGUAGUCAUAAACAAUAAAUAAAACACAGCAGAAAGUACACAACCAAACUGAAUAAUUUCCACAUAAAUCAUAAUAUUUAAAAAUAAAGUUGCAAAAAUAAUAUUAAUAACAGUAACAAUACCCAGUACAAGAGUUUUUCCAGCAACCUCAGCUUUUGUAGCUGUUGUCAGUCAGGGCCCUGUUCUCCCAGGCUGGCUAGAGAGAGGCGAGCAAGAGAAUAAGUAGGUCUUCCACGACUCACAGCCAAGAUUAUGUUGGUUUCCCAAAUAAACAGAGACACAAUCAGGAUAAUACCUUGUAUGGGACACAUUGUUUUGGUGCUGAGCUUUGGUGCUGAGCUUCAACAACUUGUCCCUCUUUCCUUCCCCACCCAUUGCUAUCUAGAGUUAUUAAGAGUGCUGUGUAUGUGAAAUCUCAAACACGACUGAUUUUCCUUCCUAGCUAAAGAUUCAAGGCUUCAGGACCAGAGGCAGAGUUCUUCUCCUGCUAGCACCAAGGAACCCCUGAAGCCAAGUGAAAUGUCUCCCAGCUUUAGCAAACCUGAAAACAAAGGUAGGAGUUUUCUGAAGUUGUGUUCGACUCCCAUCAUUUGCAGCCAAUAUAGACAAUGGUCGGGGAAUAAUGGGAGUUGGAGCCCGCUACACCUGGGGGCACCUUGCUGGUUACUCCUGUACUGCAGGCUUAGUUACAUUGCUGUUUGGAUUGUUGUAGAGAUUUGGGAAACACAACAUGGCACGCAGCCCUCAAAUAUAUCUUUGCACACAAUGAAAAAGGAGUUCUGUAAACUAAGAUCACUCCAGUUUCUCUGCUGCUCCAGCUGCUUGAUUCCCACCCCACAACUUCCUGGGUUGUAACUGGAUUGCAAUUUCCGCGGAAUUCUUUGGGGGCGUUUUCUUUUCUCCCCCCCCCCCCCCGAGCUGAGACAGCAUUUCAGAUUUGGGUCACUCUAUUGGGACUUCCUUUAGAUAGUUUCAAUUGGCCCAAAUAUAUGCUGGAUCCAUGUCAUCCAUGUUUAUAACCCAGUAAAGUUAUAUACCUUGGUUUACAACCAUAAUCCAUUCCAGAGGUCCGGUUGUAAACCAAAACAGGUUGUAACCCAGGGCGUGCUUUCGCCAUUGGGGCCUCCCCCCCCCCCCCCCGCCCAAAAAGGGUUGUAAUCCAAAAAUUUUUUUUUAAAAAAAUGGACCCGCACUUCUGGGUUUGACGUGGUUGUAAUUGAAAACGGUUGUAAUCCAAAACGGUUGCAAACCAAGGUACCACCGUAUAUGCGUAUAUUCUCUUAACAGGUGUGUCUCCAGCUGUCCUAGAACAUAGAAAACAGAUCGAUGAUUUAAAGAAGUUCAAGAAUGAUUUUAGGGUAAGUGCUUUUGCUAUUAACGACAGCUGUCUGAAUAGACAAGGCAGUACCAGAUCAAACUACAUGCAGGUAGGAAUGGUGGCUUCAGGAAUAAGCAUGUAUGCCCUCUGCCUGGUUCCCUGUAGCUUUGCUUUUCGCAGUGAGGGAACCACCAGAAGGCUCUCAGAGCUGGACCUCAGUGUCCAGGCAGAACGAUGGGGGUGGAGACACUCCUUCAGGUAUACUGGGCCGAGGCCAUUUAGGGCUUUAAAGGUCAGCACCAACACUUUGAACUAUGCUCAGAAACGUGCUCAGAAACGUAUUUCAGGACUGGUGUUAUAUGGUCUUGGCGGCCACUCCCAGUCACCAGUCUAGCUGCCACAUUCUGGAUUAGUUGUAGUUUCCAGGUCACCUUCAAAGGUAGCCCCACGUAGAGCGCAUUGCAGUAGUCCAAGCGGGAGAUAACCAGAGCAUGCACCACUCUGGUGAGACAGUCUGUGGGCAGGUAGGGUCUCAGCCUGCGUACCAAAUCCUUGUCUAUUCUUUCCCUCGACUAAAAGAACAUUGCCUAGGGCAAUGAAGGUCACUAUAGAACAUUCAAAUGGCUGCAAAUAAGACACUCCCUAGAGCAACCAGUACAAUGUGCCUUGCCACCCCUUCAUCCAGAUACAUACUCUUUUUGAAAUGUUUUACAGGCGCCCUCUCUGGGAAGGGAGUUCCACAACUUAAGGGCUUACUUCUCCUGGGCUGCCACCUCCUGAGCUUCUCAGUACGGUGGAAGAAGCAAGAGGACUCCCUCUACUGAUAUUAGAACCCAAUAUAUUCCUGGGUUUUCUGUACGUCAGUAUGUAGGAAAUGAAGCAAUUUUUAUUUCAAGCUGUAAGAAAUAAUGUGCAAAACUAGAAUCAGUGUAGACUGUGCCUUCUCUCCAAAUACCCUCGGUCAGGAAGUACUGCUAAAAGUAUAAUUUUUCUGUUUCCUCCCACCCCACCCCCCUGCACUCUCCAGUUACAACCCAGUUCCGCCCCAGAAACAGCGGAACAGCUGCUAACCAAAAACAGAGAUGGUGAAAAAUCCAGAGAGGUUCCUAAGGAGAAGGGUGACGCCAGCUGUAAGGACUCUGUAACUGAAACUGGCAGCAAUGCCACCUCAACCAGUGGCAGUAGCAAAUCGAACAGCCCCAGUAUUUCACCACCUGGUGGCAGCCUGGAGCAAAAGCGAGGGCCCGAGGUGACCUCGCAAGGAGUGCAGACCUCUGGCCCCGGAGCGAAGCAGGAGAAAGAGGAGAAAGAAGACAAAAGGGACACCACCGAGUGAGUAAUCCUGGCUGCAGCAGCUCCUGCACAGAUUUGGCACUGCUUUUGUGGAGGGCCCAGUUGUUGAGAUGACUCGACCAUGCACAGCAUUUUCUUCUCGGCUCCUUAUUUAGAUUUAACAUAUUUUGUACCUCCACUGCUGGAGGCAGUGCUUAGAAUGCCAAUUUCAGGGAAUUACAGGGGGGCGGAGUGCUGUUGCCCCCCCCCCCCCGGUCUUGCUUGUGGGUUUCCCACAAUAGGCAUCUGGUUCACCACUGUGCAGACAAGAUACUGGGCUAAAUGGGCUUUUGGCCUGAUCCUGCUGCAGGGCUCUUCUUCAUGUUCUUGUGCUCUUCUAUUCAGCUUCUGGUGUCAAAUUGGAAAAUACGCACAGGACUUUUAGGGGUUGUACUAUCCAGCGGAAAUACAGCACCUGGAGAAAAAUGGGUGUUGUGCUUUUAAAUGUGUUUGAUCAGUGACUGGGGAGAGAAUACUAUUUUCUGCCCCUGCUCCCUUUCCAGUCUUUCUCCUCCUACUCUGUGAAAUUCAUCCAGAAUUUCAUGCUUUUGUUGGAAGGCUUGUGUUGCGUUUUGAAACAGAAACGAGGCAUCAAGUGAUGGGCAGUUUUCCUCCACUCCACCAACGGAGGCAGAAUCUGUAGAGGCUUCACACUUCCACCAGGCGGGGCAGUUGCCAUCUCAGUUUUCAGCCUACCUCCGCAGAGGGAGCAUGGCUGACAGAAUCUCUUACGGAGUUUAGAAGCUGUGAAUUAUUAUUUUUUAAAAGAUACCCUUUCCUCUUUUCCUUACUUGUUGUUGCUUCUUAAUGUAUUUACUAAAUUUGCAUAUUGCCUUUCUGCUGAUACGUUCAAGGUUUCUCCCAGUUUUAGACAGCAGCUAACUUAGGACUGUGCAGAGUUUGCUGGGCUCCCAGCCGGCAUAGCUAAUGGUCAGGGGUGAUGGGAAUUGUAGUAACAAUAUCCGGAUAACCACAGGAUAGCAACCUUUGAUUUGCAGGCUAUUUAUUUCAUUUAUUAAUCUUCUUUCAUAAGAGUCAUAUACCACUUGAUUGUAAAGAAAUUUUAAUCGACAUGAUCCAAAAGGGAACAUGGAGAGUAGAGGAAUAUUAGCAAAUUCAGGUCCCGCAAGAGGUGUGUUUGUGUGAAAGAGAGAAAGGGAGAGACUGACUUCUGGGAUGGGAGGAGCCGGUUUCCCCCUGGGAUAUUAUUUUUGACCGGGAGCCUCUUCAUGCAGCAAGAGCUGCAGCCCGGGAUCCAGGACUUGUCAGCAGAGCUCUCUGGGUGGCAGCUGGGCCUUCUCACACUCUGCAACAGGCUUCUGGGCCUUCUCAAUGAGGGUAGGUGCAUUUUUAAACUAGCAACAGCUGCUGCUGGCAGGAGGAUGUCUUCACAACUGCUUAUCUAUGGCCUCUAUUGCCACAAGCAGACCUUCCAGUUUUGAUUGCUGCAAGGAGACCUUGUGCCUUCUCAGUGGUUCUGUUCUGUCUGCAAUCUGUCUAGUAGCUAGUAGAAGACCUUGAGCCUGCAAGGAGCUGCAAGCAGCCCAGCCAAAACACUGACUGCUGAUAAGCUUUGGUUGCAGGCCCCCUAGUAUGUGUGGGGGAAGUCAAGGCAUCAUGCUAAGAGUUCUUACUACAUUGUUGAUCUGCAGCUGCCCCUCCCCCAGUGGUCUAGUUCAGGGAUGGCUAACACAUUGCCUUCCAGAUGUUGUUGACUCCACCUCCCAUCAUCCCCAGCUAGCAUGGACGAUUGUUAGAGAUGAUGGGGGUUAAUAGUCCAGUCUAGAGGGCCAAAGGUUAGCCUCCCCUGCUGCAGCCCUUCAGUCUCAGAAAAAAGAAACAGCCUAAGGUCAAGGAAAUAGUGGUGUUGGAGUGUUUUCUAGUUAAAACCUUGCAAUGAACAUCUUUUUCCUGUCCUUACUUUCCUCUUUGGUGGCAGCUCUCCCUUCAAUAGAACGUGUUACAUUUUGAUAGAUUUUUAGUUGUGUUGUGCAUCCUCAGCAAUAGAACGUCCUACGCACAGAGGACAACUCCCUGCCAUUCAUGCCCAAUGCACACAGCGCAGGUUUGAAGCCUCUACAAGUCUUCCUCCACUAGUAGAUAUCCAUCCCUGGAUAUUCAGCUCUUAUCUGAGAGAAAUGAAGUAUCAUGGUGGGAAGUCCAAUCUGACAUGCAUCUUUCUUGUGUUUCCCCCCACCUUUCCAUAGACAAGUUAGAAAAUCAACACUGAACCCUAACGCAAAGGAGUUCAACCCUCGAUCAUUUGCUCAGGUGAGUCUUAAGAGGCAUCGCUGUCCUCAUUCUCUGCUUAUCCGAAGCUGCAUUUCUUUAUGUGCCACCCAUUAGAAGCAGUCACUGCAUAGUUUGUUUUCCUGCUUUAACCAGCCGUAACGAGAAAAAGUCCAUGGGGCAUGUUGAUGCACGCUUGAUCAAACUGUUCAGUGCCUACUUACAGCUCAGCUAUUCCGUUUUUCCUUCAUGUUUUUGGCAGCCCAAGCCUUCCACCACACCAACGUCACCCCGUCCGCAGGCCCAGCCCAGCCCUUCCAUGGUGGGCCAUCAGCAGCCCACUCCGGUGUACACCCAGUCUGUUUGUUUCGCACCAAAUAUGAUGUACCCUGUUCCCGUGAGUCCAGGUGUUCAGGUAAAGCGGCAAAGGCUUUAAUGUGACAAGCUUAUACUUGCUGCAUUGAGUGUGGAUAACAACUUGUCACUGCUUUGGAGUGUGAAAGGCAGAACAGGGCAUGAAGCAUGUGAGAGUCCUUUGUGUUUACAUAUGGGAGAUGGUGUGUGUGUGUGUGGAUCGGUGAGUAAGGAAAAGAUUAAUAAGCCCCUCUCCCAUACAAACGCCCCCCCCCCCCAUUAAUGUUACCUGCUCAAAUUUGGACUUGGAUACCUUUGUUUGCCAAAGUAAUGUGCAUUCCCACCUUCUGAAAAGAGGCUGGGCCACUUUGUUUUCAGCACUACACAGUACCCUUUCUUGGCACUUAAAAAUAUUGAGUACCGCUACUAGCUUGAAAAGGGAUGCGGGUGGUGCUGUGGGUUAAACCACAGAGCCUAGGACUUGCUGAUCAGAAGGUCGGCGGUUCAAAUCCCUGCUACGGGGUAGCUCCCGUUGCUCAGUCCCUGCUCCUGGCAACCUAGCAGUUUGAAAGCAUGUCAAAGUGCAAGUAUAUGUACCGCUCCGGUGGGAAGGUAAAAGGCGUUUCUGUGCGCUGCUCUGGUUCGCCAGAAGCGGCUUAGUCAUGCUGGCCACAUGACCCGGAAGCUGUAUGCCAGCUCCUUCGGUCAAUAAAGCGAGAUGAGCGCUGCAACCCCAGAGUUGGUCAUGACUGGACCUAAUGGUCAGGGGUCCCUUUACCUUUACCUUUACUAGCUUGAAGGCUACCAUGAAAUGUAUGCAGGGGCCUACUCAUUGUCUUGAAAGAAGAUCCCAUCGGAUCAGUAACUUUGUAUUUGCAGAACUCAUGUGACUGAGAGCCUUUAUCCUUGUGUACUCUAUUUGUGAAAUGUAUACUCUCCCAAGAGGAGAUCCUUGUUGGAGGGACUGGCCAACUAUUUAGUUAGCCAACUGUUCUUACCCUUCUGUACAACUGAGAGAAGAGUAUUUGCUGUGGCCACAAGAAAAUUAUUACAACAAAUGUCAGAAACGAUGAGUGUAUAUGAUAAGAUGUGCAUUUUAAGCAUAUUGAUUCCCUGUACAUACCUUGGUUUGUUUAUUUAUUUUUACUUUGGGUCCAGUUUUAUCUGAUACUUGAUUUUGUCCAUGACCUGCAAUGAUGAUGAAAUCUUCUAAUAGCCUAAUGGAUUAAACAGUGUGUUUUUCACUUUACUAAUAAGAGACCAGAGUUCAAAGAACUUUUAGUUCAUCGCAGUAGAAUGCAUUGUGCUCUUUCUGGCUGCCACAAGCGUUCCAAAAUUAUCUCUAGUGGUGCCAAUUUGUCUUCAGUGGUUGGUAUAUGGGGAUCACUUUAAAGUAAGGCAUUUAUUUUUAGUCACGUUUCUGACAAGUAUUUUGAUCCCGUUCCCUCCCACCCAAGCUAUUUUCACCUGCCUCUUGACUUCAACCAAGCUUAUACAUCGUGGCACUGUUAAUGUUCUUUCAAGCCUGGUUCAUACAUAAAAGUAGCUGCCUAAAGAGAAUAACCAUGGUGCUGAUGCUUUCCCUCCUCCUGUCUCUCUCUCACUGAAAUGGAACAAUUCAAGGUUUUGUUACACCAUAGUUUCUGGUUAACACUGGAGCAUGGAAAUUGUAGAUAAAACUCUUGACUACAAACCAUCUAAAUCAAGCCUGAGGGAAGCUAUAUUAGCAUUCAAGGCAAAUGUGAUGUGCUCCUGUUCAAGAUAAGUUCAAUCCUCCCACUCAGGUGGUUCCCCCUCUUCCCCGCCCCCAACAGUUAACACCUCCACUUAGCUUUUUUGUGUGUGCAACUUUUGGGUUCCCCCAAUACUUCCCUCUUAUCUGCUGGUGGUGCUGUUUGGGCUACAUAAGGAAUGGUGACAGUCAAGAGGUGUUGAUGCUGCUGCUGCAGAUAGCCAUGGUUGGUUCCUAAAACUAACCUUUGGAGAGUUCCACCCCAGGAUCCUCUGAGCAUUGCAAGGAAUCCUUUGUGGGCACCUCUUGGGUUGGGUGGUGAGGUUCAACACAAGACAAUAAGCAGACCGUAGCACCUAUAAUCAAACAUUUGUUGGUAAUAGUGUGAGGUGCAUAUCUGCUGGGAACCCAGUGGGGAGCAGGCCGCCACGCAUGACUUGCACCCAGAGAGGAGAAAUAUAUAUAUGAUGUGUGGUGUGCGCGCGUGUCUUCCUCUAAUUGUCAGCCAUGUUAUUUUUCAGCCUUUGUACCCCAUUCCCAUGACGCCUAUGCCAGUCAACCAGGCCAAGACCUAUAGAGCAGGUAAAGGUGAGAAUAAUACAGUAUUGCAUGCUCUUGUACGUAGCUUGCAUGUAAAAUAACUAACAUGCCUUGCUCAUUGUUCUGUUACAUUUACUUUGCUUAUGAAUUAGCAACCCGCCUUUCUGUGCAACCCACUUGCCAAGCUGCCUCCACCUCCUCCUCCUCCUCUUCUUCUUCCUCCUCCUCCUCCUGCUCAUGUGUCCUCUUGUUUCUUGGAUUUUGCAGCACUGAGCAGGCAAAGUUUAUAGCAGCAUAGGGCCUGGUGCAUGGGUAGGCAGACUAAGGCCCGGGGGGCCGGAUCUGGCCCAGUCACCUUCUAAAUCCGGCCCACGUACAGUCCGGAAAUCAGCGUGUUUUUACAUGAGUAGAAUGUGUCCUUUUAUUUAAAAUGCAUCUCUGGGUUAUUUGUGGGACAUAGGAAUUCGUUCACCCCCCCCCAAUAUAGUCUGACCCCCCCAAAAGGUCUGAGGGACAGUGGACCGGCCCCCUGCUGAAAAAGUUUGCUGCCCCCCGGCCUAGUGUCUUGGCUCCAGUUCUUAAUCCUUGAAUGGAUGCUUUUAAGCAUAUUUAAGGCUGAAAGAUCCUAUGCACACUUUCCUAGACGUACACACCUACUGAACACAUUGCACAACUUACCCCUCAGUAACAUGCAUACGAAGGUACUGAAAGAGUGUUUGAUUAGCUCCUGUACCUAAUAAUGAGCAGAAGCAACAUAUUGACUUGCCAUGCCAGAGGCUUGUUUCUUCUGUUCGGCUUUUACCUAAAGGAAGCUUUUAUGCAUACAGUUGGGCACAAAGCUACUGAUUCUGAAAGCUCCUCCCUGACAUCAGAGUGCUGUGUUUUAACAGGAUUUGACUGUUGUUAUGGGCUCUGUUGGUCUUAGGGAGAAAAAAUGUAAUCGUAGAAAAAAAAAAUUAUGCCAUUCUUCUGUAUGGGAGGAAUGUGAAUCUUGUAUGGGUUGUCUCUGCCCAUCUCUCCACAGGCAGGAAGUUAAACAUUUUAAAAGUAAAACAUUUUUGUUGCACCAGAGCGGUGUUCCAGUAUAUAUCGGCUAAUGCUUGGAUAGUCUUUCUGUGAUGCCUUCUUUCUGCCUGAAUGAUAGCCCAGCCUACUCUGAGCUGACCUCUCUCUCCUGUCGCCUUAAAGCCUGCUCACAGGGUGAGAUUCUUGAACCCUACUAGCAGCUGAUUCCUCAUCUUCAUUUGGCUUCCUUGUGGUUGCCAUUGUACCUAGCUGUACGUAGAAAUGUUGGCAUAGGUUUAUUUUAGGGGGAGGUGCUUUCGUAAUGUGCCCUUUCCCCCUUCUUCUGCAGUAUCAAAUAUGCCCCAGCAGCGGCAAGACCAGCACCAUCAAAACACCAUGAUGCACCCUGCCUCUGCUGCCGGGGCUCCUAUUGUUGCUACGCCACCGGCUUAUUCAACGCAGUACGUCGCCUACAGCCCCCAGCAGUUCUCCAACCAACCUCUCGUUCAACAUGUGCCGCAUUACCAGUCUCAGGUAUGCCUUCAGCUGAGCUCUUUGCAGCUUGAAUGGUGGGAUUAGAAUGUGUAUUUUGCCGCGCUGCAUAAGUGGUGAUGCAGUGCUUGCGUAGCACUUCAAAAAGAGCUACGUACUGCCUAUGGUGAUACAUCCAGGGCCAUUGUCACAUGAUGCCCUGUGUGCAUGUUUGAGGGGUGGGUGUGUGCAAGCCACCUUCCAUGCAGACAGGAUUGACAGCUGAGUGAUGGAACAGACUCAGAGACCUGGAUGUUUACUGCAGUCUUACCUAGAUCUAUUGGCACGUGAAAGCUUUAGGUUAUCUAAUGGCAUAAUUUCACCUUAGUGCUGUAAUGUUAAGACGCCUGUGUGCCAUAAUAGGAGGGGUUGGGAAAACUGCCGCAGAGGAGAACGAUGGUGGAUCCUGAGUCUUCCUCUAAAUCCAGCCAAGUCUGCUAGUAUAACUGGGCAUCUCUGACUAACUUGAAGAAAGGCAUUUUGUACCUGUGAAAGUACCUGCAGGGACUUACUUGUUCUCUUUCUCAUGCUUAAUGCAGCACCCCCACGUCUAUAGCCCUGUAAUACAGGGCAAUGCCCGGAUGAUGGCACCACCGGCACACCCGCAGCCCGGCUUAGUUUCUUCCACCGCUACGCAGUACGGUGCGCACGAGCAGACCCACACGAUGUAUGGUAGGACACUUUUCAAUGAGCUCUUUUGAAACUUUGAAGGAUCUCGUUUUUAGUGGCUUGCCGAGAGAACUGGAACGCUCUGUGUUUUGAAAUUCACUGAAACCCGUUUGGAUACCGGUAUAGUAAAGAGAGAUUGGGAGAAUGAAAUGCAAUUGUAAAGCAUGAACAGCUGACUUUUCUGUCCCAGAUACCUCUUAUAAAACAGCAUAUCACAAUUUCUCCAUAUGCUGCCACCAGCAGCCUUUUAAAGGGCUCUUAUUUAUCACUGGGGACCAAUUAACUUGUGUAUGUGUCCACUUGCAUGUGUGACUGAGCUAGUGUGCAUCAUUAAGUCCCGCAGAGCAAAUAUUUGUAGUGCUGCUGUGUCCAUUCAAAUGUACUACUAUUCCGCAGACAUGAACCAUUUUGUAUUGGUAGGGGAUUCUUAGCACCUAGCUCUACUCUCAGUUGGCACUCAGAAUUUGUGCCAAGGAUUUGAGGCAUGGCCUCCAUUCACACAGGCACUGUUUUGGGCGCAGAUUUCCUGUUCUGGGGCAGUGUUUGGGUUAUGUGCCUGCAGUGCUCAGUUGAUUCCUCGACAUGAAUUGAGAUGUGUCUGUCUUUUGCCUCCCCGAUACGAGGCCCCUUCUGGCUUGGGGGUAUCACCAAGUGUGGGUUUUGCACACUGAUGGCUUCCUGUAAACCAAGGAUGACUUCCUUGUGGGCUGAUGGCAUUAAGUGAUGCUGUUUAGAAUGCCCCUGUUGAAAUGUGGGAUUGUGCCCAUUUUCAGAGAUUAUGCUAAUAUUCUUUGGGGCAGCCACUAAAGGGCUAUGUUGUUAUGCUGGACCACACCUCCUGUGUACUCGCAGGUAAAAUAAGCUUAAUUCUUCUGCCCUGUUUUGUCUGGAGUGGAAAAGGCAAAAGUUGAGGAGAAACCUCCACUGCUGUGUUUAGUCAGCCAGGUCACUCAACUAGUCAUAGGAACACCAAGGUUGUCCUUGCUUUGCAGUGAAUUUACAGGUUCUCCUUUUCGAGCAAAGGACUGUGGUUUGGUGGCCAAGCACCUGCCUUGUACGUGGAAGGUUCCAUUCCUGGUAUCUGCAGGCAGAGCAGAGGAGGGAAAACCCUCAGACCAUCAAGAUCUACCAGUCUCUGUAGACAAUAGUAAGCUGGAUAAACAGACUCUAAAUGUUAAUAAAAGUGGGAAGGCCUCUGUAGAACUCUCCAGGCAGCCACUUAAAUCUCCAGUAGGGGUUCUCCCGUUCUUCCCCUUCAUAUGUGAGGCAAGUCUUGAGAUAUGUCACCCAAGAGUAACUUGGGGGUUUCAGCUGGCUGCUUUGAGGUGCCAUGUUAUCAAUUCUAACACAGAGACGCCCCUGCUGACCACUGGAUGCUGUGAGUGAGCUUUCCCAGGCCCAGCUGACCGGCCUUGCCCUCUAACCUGUUUGCUGCAGCUGACCUGGAAGCAGACUGACCCGUUUGGGCCUUUUGCCUUCAUGGACGUAUGAGCCCAUUGGCCAAGAGAUGAAUGAGCCCAGGCACACAGCCACUCAGUUUCUCCUUUUUGCAUGAGCAAACAUACCAAGAAGUCUUCUGCUAAAUGUAGUUUCCUAUUUCAUCCAAACUAGGAAACUCAUUUAUUUAUUUGUCAAGCUUUCUAUACUGCUUACUUGACAGAAGAUCUCUCCGUGCUUUACAUUAUACUCAGCUUUGGGAUGAAGCCAGCUUCAAAUGAUGGGGGUUGGAGGCAGAAGGCUCAUUCACAUCUUGGCUUAUUAAACCGAGAUACAAUCGUCUGAACACGACCACUGUUUCCAGUUUGUCACCUUGCGGCCACAUUUUUUACUAGGAUGAAUCCAAAUACUUAGUGCUCAGUGGUUUUUGUUAAGAAAUUUCCUGAUAGUUUUCUUUUAGUAUAAGGUGGAGAUCCUCGGAAGCUUAAAUCAUCAGAAGUGUUAGUGACUGGUUGGAUUUUCUUGUCUGGCUUGCACCAACUUAGCUACCUGUAGCAAAGAAAGGAAGUUAUUGUAAACCGCUCUAUGAUCCUCAGAUGAAAGGCAGUAUAAAUAUUUAAUAAACCAUCAUCAUCAAAAGUCCUUGGUUCAAACCUUAGCACAAAUGUAUUGGUGUUCACUUUUCAAUCUCAACGUCCCUCUCCGUCUGAUUCAGAGGUAUGACAAUACUCUCUUGUCUCACAGGUUUGUUGUAGAGAUUACUGAGAGAAUGUGUGUGAAAUACUGAAUAAAUGUUAAGUGGAGGUAUACUGUUCCCUUUGGCCAGUUCUCUAAAGACAUAGCAAAACUGUAAUCGGAACGCUGCAUUGAUUUGUAGCACCUCUAGUGCUCUAUGAAACUACAUCUAGCAAAGAGAAUGAAUAGGAAUUCAUUCUGUUAACCUUUGUAUAAACGUGUGUAUAUGUCAGCAGUUGCUAAUUGCUGAACUUCUGUUAAGAUGGAAAGGCUUGUUUCAAAAGUCUGGUAAACCAAGAUAAUGUUUAUUCACCAGCUUGAUCCUGAUUUUGCUUUGUAUUUUAUCCAGUAUUUUUCUGUGUCUUAUUCUCUCUCUAAGCUCUCUAGUUUCCUGUCUCUGCUAAAAAAUAAAUAAACAAAUUAGUAUGCUGAACUAAGCAAUAAUUGGGGAACUGGGGCUCUGCAUCUUGGGGAAAUCCAGUUUUCUGGGAUUGUAACUGGUGUUUUUCUCUUCAUUGAAAAUCAGUCAAAGCACUUUUAAUCCUUAUUCUUCAUGCUGUGGUUAGUUAACGGAAUGUAAAAUACUUUAAAAUAGUGGACACUUUAAAAUUGAUGAACACCAGCUGAAGAUUGUAUGUGUGAUUGAAUAUCUCUUUAACUUUUUUUUUUUUAAUUGCAAAUUGGUUUGUGCAUGAAAACAAUGAUUGACUUAACCUUUCCAGAAGACUGGAAGUGGUGCUCUCAUCUUGUGGCACACGGCUAAUUUCCCUUUCUAUUUCCCAAAUUCAGCAUGUCCCAAAAUACCCUACAGCAAGGAGACAGGUCCUUCUUUCUACUUUGCCAGUGAGUUGGGGUUUUUGUACUAACUUUGAUUUGUACAGUAAACAACUUUGAAAGAAUCUGUUGGAGAAUAGGCUUGUUGAACAGAUGUCUUUGCACCAAACCUACUCAGAAUUAGGAAAAGCUUUUCUGUCAUUGAGAAACCAAUAGACUCAUGGGACAUGUAAAGGAUGAAACUGUCUGAGGAAGAUUAUCAUAACGGAGAAGGUAAGAUGACAGCCAGCACAAGGUGAAAAGAGUAAAAAUAAGUCCAGUUAUGUAGAGACUCGGUUGACAUGUUUACUUCCUCCUUACAUUUCCUUGAAACCAACAUGGUCUACUGCCCUGUGAAGAAAGGGUUGUCUACUUUGCAGUGGUCCACAAUAAAGGGUACAGAAUUGGUUGGUCAGAGAUUUGGGAAAGGAAGAAUUAGACUUUUAGGGGGUGGGAGAAGAAAUCUGAAAGGGCAAGAUUGGAAUUUACAGGGCGAGACAUUCCCCAAAGAGUUGGAAUUGUGACUCCUGGAAGGCCUAACCCAUCUAUGAACCCUUGCAGACAGAAUGCUGAAAGUUUGCUUUAACCACAAGAGCUAGAAAACUUCGAAAAAGCCUGAGGUUGAGCUGAAUGAAGUUCAGUGUUGGAUUUUGCAAGACAGUUGUGGUCACAAAGGCCCCUGGAUCUUUUAAUCGAAAGCGCUGAUUCCCUUUUAUGUAUUUGAGUGAACGCAAAGAUCCAUGUGACAGAAUGACCUACACAGCCAGAGCUGUCAGCUGGAGAAGGAGGGUGCCCUCUUUAUUGCACAGCAGAAAUCAGGAGCUCUGUGUCUUUUGGGUAUGGAGUUGUCCCAGGAAUCUGCUGCUAACCUGUUCCAUUUGGUCGGAGGGCUGUAAUGCAACCACAUUGGUUUGGUGCACUGAAACUCUUUCAACAAGUCAAUUUCCUUUAAUAGAUCUUCCUUUGCAAAAUGGAGCCCGCUGUCUGUCUGUAACAUCCGUUUACAUUUGCUUCCUCUAAUUCAAAUGAAGGUCUCUUUUGCCGUCUAAUUGUGGUUAUGUUUACCUCCAGGCAAGUUUUCACACUUAAAGCACUGACUCUUCCCAACAUCAUCUAAGUGGAUGUUUGAUUUGGUUGGCGUUUCCCUCCCCUCCCUGUCUUUCUUCAUUUCCUACUGCCUUGACUAUCCACCACCCCUCUCCCUUUUAGGAUUACAGUUGCAACUUGCAACUUCUACACAUUAUCCUUCCCUUAUCCCAAAGCAUUUGCUCUUGUUUCUGUUUCCUCCUUCCUCUUGCUGACAUAUUGCAGUUUGCAAAGAACUAAGCACCAUCUUACCCUGCUGUUCCCAUUUAUGGCAGGGGGCAAGGGAACUAAUUAUGUAGCUUAUCUAUCCUGUGAAAGGCAGGUGGUGUUCACACUGGAUGUAUCUUCCUUUUGCAUCUGCUAUGGGAGCUGUAAAGGCAGAUUUUAAAACUUGGGUGCAGGUUCUGGGUCCCCAUCUUGUCUACAGUAAACUUUGGACAUGCUUCUCUGAUCUCUGAAUGUGACUGCCCUGAGCUAGUUCCUCCAGUUCCUGCCAGCAAGAUAAUCUAUUUUGGGCUGAAAAAAGAUCACCAGCAAGUCCCAUUUCUUCUCUGUGGGUUUGAAGAGGAAAUGAAGAGUUUUAAGGCAAGGAUGGGGAACCUGUGGCCGUCCAGAUGUUGCUGGCUACUAGCCAUGCUGGCUGGGCCUGAUGGGAGUUGAGUCCUGCAACAUCUGGAGGGCCCCACAGGUUUCCCCUUCCUGGUCCAUGGCCAGACUUGUAUGCUAGGGAACCCAAAGGCUUGCAUGCAGUAUGAAACACAGUUCUGUGAUUGGAGCCAGGAGUGUGUGUGUGUGUGUGUGUGUGUGUGUGUGUGUGUGCGCGCGUGCGCUUUCCCACCCUGACCCAAAUAAAUUUGACUUUUGUGGCAAGAGCUUAAGGUUAGAGGAAGCCUGGAGCCAAAUGGCCAUUUUCAGCAGGAGAGAAUUGAAAAGCCUCUCAACUCUCACUGAGCCUGGCAUUUCACUUCUACACAGUCCUCACGCACCCUCAAACAUUCCCUUGCAACCAUGUAGGUUUUAAAAAAUGUGCUCUGCAGGCUGCAAAAGUGAUGUUGAGUCGAGGGCAAGUCCCAGGUGGCUGGCAUUUGUAUUGUUUCUAAAUGAAGGAAAGAAAAGCAGCUAUUUAAAAGGGAGACACCCAGAGUUGGGGGAGUCCUAUGUGCUGACUCAGCUUGGCAUCCGUUCUCAAUUUCCUUUCCCCUCUUUUCUUCCUAGUUUCCACUGGUUCCCUUGCUCAGCAGUAUGCCCAUCCCAGCGCCACCCUGCAUCCGCACCCGCCACACCCACAGCCUUCUGCCACGCCCACAGGGCAGCAGCAGAGUCAACAUGGGGGAAACCACCCGGCUCCCAGCCCAGUGCAGGUAAGCGCUACGACUGGCCAUCUGUGUGGCAACAGGUUCCUGCUAUGCUGUUGUUUGGGUCAGUUGCCUUUGAGACCCUGCAUUCAUUGCCUGGAGUCUGUGCAACCAGAGCUGACUGCUCUGGCCAGCAUUCUGUCAUGGUAGGAACCAUAUCACUAGUUCAUUGCACACUGGAGGCUACUAUUUUCCACUGGAAAAGAAGCUAGCAACUGGGAUUAGCCAUCCUGAUGGAUGCAAGCUUAACGCAAGUCAGAAAGUUUAGGCAGAUAGUUACACUUCUUAAACAGCUAUUUCUUAAAAGGUCCCAUGGCACUUGUAUUUAUGAGUAAAAUACAAAUGUUCUUUCUUUAUCCAAGAGUAUUUGUACCCUGCUCUUCAUUAAAAAGGGCCCUUGGCACAGCUUGCAUACAGUCUGUUAAAGGAAAAGUUCUCGCUCACAGGCUUGCAGUCUAAAACACACAACACAAAAGCAAAAAGCGACAGGGAGGGAAGAGGGCGAAAGCACACUUGGGCCCCAGUGUGAUCUGCAGGAGUGGAAACUGUUCAGCAGCAGGAAGCACAAGAUGGAGCUGGCCUUUCACUAGAGCUACUGAAACGAGCUCUGCCUCCAAUCUCACCCCCUGAGGCAGCCUGAUGGAAUAGCUGCCAUCAGGUUGACGAAGUCUGACGGAGCUGGCCUUUCAGUGGAAUUGAGAGAAUAAACCAUUGUUUAUAAAUUUAUGAAUUUAUGAAUGGGCUUCUUGGCUACUGAAAAAUACCCAUUACAGCAUAAAAAUGAUGAUCUGCUUUUAGUUUAUUUAACACAAAAUGAAGUAGAAGCUCGGAACAUCGAGAACAGAAUAGUGAUAAUGUUUAGCAGGCUUCAGUCAGGAUGUUCUUCCAUAACUUUAACAGCACCAAAGAGAGCCCAACCUCUGGAUCUUUCCUUCCUCUGAGUGUGGCUUGAAUCUGUAGCAGAACCUCUGAGCUGCCCUGGUGGAUUGUAAAGGGUGAGGCAUACAGCUGAGGUUCCUCAACCCACAAUGUGGAAUGUGAACAUGGAUGUCAAGCAUGUUGAAUUAUUUUUGCUGCUGGGGAAUUUGCCUCUUCCCAGCCAGGUUUCCUUGCUGUUGCCAGCUUGCCAUGAGGUGGACGGAACCCUGGCAAAGCACUGUAUUUUGCAUUCCCAGCAUAGCCUGGGAGCAGAACAAGCGUUUUUGAGGGCAAUGCUUUUUUUCAGCCGGAACUCACCGGAGCUCAGUUCCGGCACUUCUCAGGUGGGCGCCAUUGCCAUUAUAAGAGAACAAGGGAGGCGUUCAUGGUGAGUUCCGGCACCUCUUUUUCUAGAAAAAUAGCACUGUUUGAGUGUAAAUAUUGCCAAGCCAUUGCUAUGCUUAUGAUUUCUUCAGCACCAUCAGCACCAAGCCGCCCAGGCUCUCCACUUGACAAACGCCCAGCAGCAGUCAGCCAUCUACCACACUGGUCUUGCGCCAACUCCUCCUUCCAUGACCCCAGGCUCAAGCACACAGUCUCCUCAGAGCAGCUUCCCUGCAGCUCAACAGACGGUCUUUGCCAUUCAUCCUUCCCAUGUCCAGCCCGCCUACACCAACCAACCGCACAUGGCCCAUGUCCCCCAGGUAAGAAAGACUCUUGAUGUAGGCUGAGGUUCAAAGAGUGCUCUCUGUUCCAGGGAGGAGAAGACUGGGGGCGGGGAGCCAUUUCUCAUUAACAUGGGCUUAUAAUUCAGGCUGCUUUGAUCCGGGGAAGGCCAUGGGUGUGUGUCACACCCUUGUGCACCAAAGAGCUGUUCAGAAUGCCUGAUGAGUAUUUAUCCACACGGAGUAAUCUCUGUCCAGCAGGAGGUGCUAGUGAGCGCUAUGGGAUCCCUGGACUAUGGGUUUCUCAGGGUUGCCCACUGUAGAAAUGGUCACCUGAGUACUUCUCUCUGGAAGGCAGGCAGAACAGGGUAGACAGUGGCGCUGCUGCUGCUGCAGUUGCUUGGCUAAAGCUGAAAAGGUUGGGCAUGGUGGUUGAAGGGUGGUGUGGGUCCUUGGCCCCCUGUUAUGGAAGCAGGCUCUGAGUGCCACAGAGGGUGGUGUCCUUCCUGAGGAAGUUAGGCGUGAGAGAGAUCCUUCUUAUGGAAUUGGUGGUAAGUCAGCGAGCUUUUGGGUCUGAGGCCUGAACACUGAAAAAGGUCCUUUGCAGGGAAGCCUGAAGCCUCCCUCAACGGUACACUUAAGAUUUUGUGCUCUGCCCCCAAAUGUGUCCCCCCCCCAGCUGUGAAUGGCAAGCCAAGUGCUGCCUCCCUCCCUCCAACUGGCUACUUAACAACAUAUUUUGUGCUGUUUCUAGCGGUAAGGCUGUCGUACUCCUCUGAGAGGGGAGCCUAAUAAUAAUAGUAAUAAUAAUAAUAAUAAUAAUAAUAAUAAUAAAUAAUGAUUCAUUAUUAUUUAUACUCCACCCAUCUGGCUGGGUUUCCCCAGCCACUCUGGGCGGCUUGCAACAGAACACUUAAAAUACAAUAACCUAUUAAACAUUAAAAGCUUCUCUAAACAGGGCUGCCUUCAGAUGUCUUCUAAAAGUUUGGUAGUUAUUUUUCUCUUUGACAUCUGGUGGGAGGGCGUUCCACAGGGCGGGUGCCACUACCGAGAAGGUCCUCGGCCUGGUUCCCUGUAACUUGGCUUCUCGCAGCGAGGGAACCGCCAGAAGGCCCUCAGAGCUGGACCUCACCCUUGCAACUAUAGCCUGAGUUCGGUGGGGUCCCGGCCUCCCCCCUCUCCUGCUGAAACAAACCCACUUUUAGUGCCAUCUCUGGGAUUCCUGUGGUGCUGGCUAUGGGCGCCCCUCCCCUUUGUAGCCUUGCUACUAAAGAGCUGGUUUGACAUCAACUGAUAGAAAGUGCCUACAGAGGGUGGUGAAUACAGCACAAGAUAUUAUGGGCUGUCCCAUGAAUCCGCUGGAUGGCAUUGCGGAAGAACGUUGCCUCAGGAGAGUGAGGAAAAUUAUCAGGCAUGAUUCACACCCUGGCCGGCACUUUCUUGAUCUCCUUUCUUGAGCCAGUGUGGUGUAGUGGUUAAGAGCGGCAGUCUCCUAAUCUGGGGAAGCGGGUUCGCGUCUCCACUCCUUCACAUGCAGCUGCUGGGUGACCUUGGGCCAGUCACACUUCUUUGAAGUCUCUCAGCCCCACUCACCUCACAGAGUGUUUGUUGUGGGGGAGGAAGGGAAAGGAGAAUGUUAGCCGCUUUGAGACUCCUGAAGGGGAGUGAAAGGCGGGAUAUCAAAUCCAAACUCUUCUUCUUCUUCUUCUUCCUGCCCUCGGGCAGAAGAUAUAGAAGCAUGAUUAGUCGCACCAACAGGGUAAAGAACAGCUUCUAUCCGUGGGCUGUUAGGCUGCUGAAUGAGAAGAUAACAACAGGGCAACUGACUUUCGGGUUUGGUGGGUGUGCGUCAGUAAACGAGGGGAAUUAAGACUAAGAGAGCUGAGUGGGGGGUGCUCGUGUAAUCUCACUGUCUACAAGUUGUACAAGUGACAAUAAAGUAUUUCAAUUUCAAUUUGUUUCAGGCCCAUGUGCAGUCGGGGAUGGCUCCUUCUCACCCAACUGCCCAUGCUCCAAUGAUGCUCAUGACAACCCAGCCACCACCCGGCGGGGCCCAAGCCGCCAUUGCGCAAAGUGCACUACAGCACAUUCCAGUUUCAACAGCGACACACUUCCCCUACAUGACGCACCCUUCAGGUGAGCGGAGUGUGUGCUUGGGAGCCGCCGCAGGUCCCAGGAGGGGGGAUAAGGGAGAGAAGAUGAAGGUUGUGUGAUGUUGAGCGCAGAAAGCUUGGGAGCGCAGAGAGGGGGAGCACAGAACAGGCACAACAAAUGCUCUUAAAAUGCCCUCUCCCCCCCACAACUGAAUCGUGUACUCCCUUCAGGAGCAGUCUUUAUUUCCAAUCAUCAUCAUCAAUCUUUAUUACGGUCCAGAGACCCAACAAAUCGUUACAAAGCAAUACACAAUUCAUACAGCCUAUCUCCAGGUUAAACAAGGAUUUUGCUCAGAAUAUAGGGAUCAUUGGUUCUUGCAACCACCGAUAAAAACUUUGCCACUGGUAAUGUUCUAGCAUUUGUCCGGUCUUCCAAUAGGAACCUGACAUAGUGAGCCUCUGAUUUUCCUGGGAAAGGUACCAGCAAGGGUAAUAUCAGUUCAGCCCUGGCUUGCUCAUAUUUUGCACAGUGCAACAAAAUAUGUUUUAUGGAAUCGAUGUCUUGAGCACAUGAGCAAAGUCUGUCCUGGUAGGGAACUCCUCUCAACCUGCCAUCCAACACUGCAGAAGGAAAGACGUUUAGUCUGGCUUUGGUGAAAAGCCUUCGAUAGUUUUAUUUCAGAGUGAGGAUCCUGUGACCUCCAUAUGUCAUUGGACUCCAUCAGCCCCAGCCAGGGUAGCCAGGAAUGAGGGGCCAGGGGACUUGUAGUUCAAGGGGCCUCUGGAGAACCACAGGUUCCCUACCCCGGCUUCAUGGGUACACCCAGCUGUGUUGUGAGUCCUCCCACCUCCUGGCCUUUCCUCUCCCAGCACCUUAAUUGGCAGCCUUGGUGUUGCUGCCUACACUUGGCCCUUGGCAGACUAGCCGUCAUGCUCCAAAACCCAUUCAUGCUCAUGCUUAUUAAGAAAGCCUUCACUGUGCUCACGCCACGUUUUUUAAAAGCACCCGCCACCAGGUUUUCCACGUGUCGUGUUUUCCGUUCCUCUUCCCCACUCCUGCCACCCUGGCCCAUGAGCAAGAAUAUGUGUUGCAGGUGGAUAAAGGGCACGGAAGUGUUUUAUCUGAGAGAGACAUCUCUUGUAGUAGCUGACCUGCUUUUUAAAAUGCCCUUGGUAGGAUUUGGGGUCUUUAUCUCAUGUCUCAACUCAUUCUUCUCUCUCUCUCUCUCUCUCUCUCUCUCUCUCUCUUUUCCAGUACAAACCCACCAUCAACAGCAGUUGUAAAGCUGACCUGGAGUAACUGUGAGGCUGGAUCCCUCUUCGUUUCUUUCUUUUGUUUUUUUUUUAGGCCAAAUACCUUCCUUCUCCUGCUUCUACCAACUUGGAAGCACAGAAACAAAAACAGAAAUCAAAACAAAAUCUAGUAUUUCACUUUAUUUUUGUUUCUAAGAGGAAAAAAAACAACCUUGUAACAUCCAAUAGGAAUGCUAACAGUUCACUUUGCAGUGGGAGAAAUUCGGACUGAAACAAAAGGCAUGUAGAGCCCUUGUGGGACGAUUCCAUAAUUCCAUGUGUUGUGUCAAAAAAGGAAAACAAAAAAAAAGCCCUGCCCCAUUUCCGCUUGCAGAUAAAACUGGAAAAAAACUAUUUAUUUUUUAAAGCAACCCUUCAAAGUCACAAAUUCAUCAGCUAGAGAAAGACGUAACGAGAGUGAUUCUUGCUGCUAUUCUCACUAAAAAAAAAAAGAAAUUAAAUGAACAUAAAAAGAAAAUCAAUACCUUUUACUUCUAACUAAACUUGAAAGAGGUUUGAAAAAAAGCAAGUUCUAAUCGUCAAGCAGAUAUGGAUUUAUUAUUUAUAAAAUCAUGUUUGAUGAUGGGGGAAAGCCGCCGUCGCAAGGCAGCGGUGUAACUUUUAAGUUAAGAGGAAACUUUUACUUUGUAGAUAAUAUAAAAUAAAAACUUUAAAAAAAAUUAAAAAUAAAAAAAGUUUUAAAAACUGACCUU